GAUCGCGCGCGCCAACUCCUUCCAUGUUGAGAAGCUCUCCGAACGCAGUAACGCCUGUCGCGGACGCACAGUCUCUCGGAUGCAAUCGACCAGUGUGGAUCGCCCUGAACGCCACGGUAGAAGAUCUAGCUAAAAGACCAGCAUACACCAUACAGCGUUGCAUUUGAAUAAUUUAAAUCUUCGACGAAAAAGUUCAUAGUUCAUAGUGGAUCCCUUCCGACAUAAUAUACCAACUGUAUUCGUAGCUGUAUAUACCUAUAUGCGAGAGUGUGUGUGUGUUAAAAUGUGUGCAAUGUAAGUGCGAAUAACUUCACGUUCACUGAGGAAUUUCCGUUCUGUCGUGUGAAAAGAAAAAGAAAACGAAGCAGAGCAAACGAAAGCGAGAGCUUUGGUUUUUGGUGGUUUUUUGGAAUUAUUGGAGACUGUAGUCAUCAGUCAUCAGAGCCUCGCGUCAUUUGUGAACCCUUACCAGCGAGCAGAUAACGAUAACCAUGGAGCAGAGGCCACCGGGUGGAGACGGGCAGUACUCGUCGCUCGAUGAACUGCAGCGGCAGCUGAACGAAGAUUUCGCUCAAACGCUCGGACCGAUGACUUCACCUCAGCACAUGGCCACCGGAGCAACGGCAGCAUCAUCGGCAUCUGGAGCGAGUGCAACGAUCGCGACCACCAUCAGCACCAUCGUGCUCCAGGGUGGUCCACUGCAGCUGGUUGUGGCGAUUCUAAAGAGUGGAGAAAAAUUGUACAUAAAGGUGGCAGAUCUGCUACCAAAGUUCACAUUUCUCGGCCCAAGCCUGGAUGAUGCUCUGAAGCUUCAGAAUCAACACGAUGAGCUGUUACGGCAGAUACAGAACAUGCCUACACCGCUGGAAGAGUUUUAUCGAAAAAUACAGGAAAAGAUUGCAUCCAACGAAAGACCCAACCCGACACUGAUAGAGGAGAUGGCCGCCUCGCUGAAUGCCGUCUGGCACGACAUCAAGCAGAUGCUGGCCGAACGUCGAGAGAUCGUCGUACUGAAUGUGGCCUUCUUCGAACGGCUGGGCGAAGCGUACGGUAAAAUGUCCUCGCUGGAGGUGGCCUGCAACGAUACGAUGAUCCCAAUCGAGAUCGACGCGGUGCGAGAGUUCCUAGAGUCGUUCCGAGAUUUGCGCGGCGAUAUGCUCGCUGCAGUAGCUGCAACACUGAAGGCGGGUCAGCAGAUGUUGGACCGGUUGCGAGUGUUGUCCGAGAUUGGAACGCUCGAUUCCCGCCCGAAUCACAUCAAGCUGGACGCUGUACAAGCGAUCGGUCAGGUGGAGUCGUGGCUGGAAGAUCUCUCCAACCGACGCAACCAACUCGAACAGGCGUGGAUAUCGCGCAAGACACAGCUAGAACAGUGCCUUACGCUAGCCAUUCUGGCGAAGCAGCUAGACGAGAUCGAACAAUGUCUCACGCGUGUACGCAGCCAAACACUGAGUUCGUUUACGCUCGGAGACUCAGCCGAACAGGCAGACAAUCUGCUGGAAACGUACCAAAACCUCAAACCAGAAGCCGCAUUGCUUCGUGACAAGGCUCUGAAGAUCACCAAAACUACCGAAGAGCUCCUGACGAGCGGAUGUUUCGCUGGUGACGAAGCCUGUGCCAAGGCGUACUCCGUACUGAGCGCCUGUUCGGAGCAUCUGGAAGAGAUCGACCACCGCGAGUCCCUGUUGGGUCAGUCGCGUAACUUCUUCAACCGAGCGAGUGCGAUUCUUAAGCGACUGGAUCAGGUUGAGCUGGAAGUGGCCGGGGCAACUGUGCGACCCGCAUCAUCCAACGACCUACCGGCACAUCAGAAACUUCUGCAGGAUAUCCGCGAGACAAUUGGGGAAGUGCUGCAGAUGGGAUAUUCGCUGGUGGAUGAUGUUGGCCGGACCAAACCGGAGGUGGCUGGCGUGCAAGCUAUGAUCGAGUGUAUUGAGCAAAGAAAGCUGCACUUCGAACGCUACUGCAACGAGGAAAGCGAACGAAACGUUCGCACGGCACAGGCACUGAACGAGUUCCUGGAGCGGUACGGACAGCUGUUUGCGUGGCUUGAGGAGGCGCGUGAAGAGCGGAUUGUGCGGGGCAGUGCGAUCCAUCGGAUGGGCGAAAAUUUGGUCGAAGCGAAGGACUGUCUGCUGCUUCAUCACCAGUUUUUGAACGAUCUCGAGAUCAAAGGAAACGCUAUUAAUAACUUGCUCGUACGAUUGACGCCCAGCCUGGAGCAUCUUGCCGACGGUCAGCGUGAUGACGUGCAGCGCAAGAUCGAUCUGCUCCGUCAGCACUGGAUCGCGCUCAAGAACUGCGUCAUCGAGCGGGUGGACCUGCUGAAGCUGUACAUCCGCUUCCACCAGGAAGCGGAAACGUUGCGCAACCAGUUCGAUGCCCACGCCAUCCAGUUCGCCACGUUCAAGGACAACCCGGCGGACCACUCGCUCAUCCUGGCCGCGAUCGCGAACAUCCGCCAGACGCUGGAGAGCCUGCGCCCGCUAGGGGCACAGUGUCUCGAUCAGCUGCAGCAGAUUGGGGACGCAUACUUGCAGAAAACUCGCGCAGCGCAGUGCGUCGAGCGGACACUCGCCGAAUUUGCCGAUCGCCAGUCGGCCGUCAGUAAUGAGUGGGAAAGCUGGAACAGUCGACGACGCACGGAGACAACAUUGAAGGAAAUCAUGGCUGCCAACAUGGAGACAUUGGCUGUGGCGUCCAAGCUGGAGGAGCAGCUGUAUCCAAUCUUUAGCACCGCGCUCGAUAACCCGUCCGAUCUGAUCGAGUUCAUCGGCCGCAAACGGGCUCAGCUGCAGCAGGAUGUCCGUGCUGCCGAGGCCGAUUUGACGCAGCGCUUCGACACGAUCGCUCAGCUGGAGCUGGCCGGUGCUGAUGCAGGUACGGAGCAGGACAUUGUGGCGGUGAAGAACAAUCUCAACUCAAUCAAGACGAAGCUGUUCACACUGGGAGCCGACUUUGGCGAGCUGUCCGAUGCGACCGAACACUUUCUGCGCUCGAUCAUGCAGUGCCGAGACAGCAUUCGGGAGUACUUCGGUACAAAGCAUGCGGUAACGGAUCCGGGAAGUGUGGAAGCGAUCGCCGAAGGCUACGAACAGUUUAAGCAGGCGACGAUGGAAUACUUCCGUGGGUUGCUGCAGCAGAGUGAACAGAUUAUUGAGCGUGUGAAAGCCCUGGAGCCACCGGGCGCACGGGAGCUCGAUACGGACAAGAUCAUAACGUUGCUGGAGAACUUGCGGACGUACUUUGAGUCGCAGACGGAGUCGGAGAACUGCGAGCUGAAGAAGCAGCACAGUGUGUUGGCGUUCGAUCGUGAGUUGAGUGAGGUGCGUGCCGCAAUCCGUGCGGAGUGUGAUCGGUUGGAGCGGGGACGUGGGCAGUAUGGUGAAAGUUUGGCUGAUGCUCAGACAUCCAGGAUCACUUUUGAGGAGCAUGCAACGGCUCUGCAGGAUCUUGAGCAGCGAAUCAAUGCAUUUAUCAAUUCUGGCACGGAUUUGGUACGCCAAUAUCCGGAGACAAGUCCUUACAUCGAAUCGGAAACGCACAAGAUACGCAACGAAUGGACCGAACUACUCCGAAAGCUCGAGGAUCAUCGUCAACUGUAUAGCAUCGCGAUCGAGUACUUUGAGUUGAUAACCACGAUUGAGGACCACUAUCGCACACUGAACGCGGAACUGAUCAAUGCCAACAAUAAGCUCACCAUACUGAACAACGUGGAUGUUGCUAACGAUCUGGUUACGCAGGUGGAUCACACGAUUCGCACUCACGAAACUCGUCAGUUGGAUGCGUUGAAGAAGAUUGCCGACCUUUCGAUCCAGCUAUACGGAUCCGACAAGACCGUCACCUUGUACACGGAAAACACGAAGCUGUUCCAAACGUUUUACAAGAUCAAAACUGAAGUAUACGAGCGUUCGAAGGAGCUGGCAGAGCAGCAGGCACGGCGUGAAGAGCAACAGCGUCAGGAGCAGUUGCAACGCGAGCAGGAACAGCUACGCUUGGAUCAGCUGCAGCGCGAACAGGAGCAGUUGCAAAGGGAGCAAGAGCAAGAACAGCAACGCUUGGAGCAAUUGCAGAGAGAGCAAGAGCAGGAACAGCAAAGAUUGGCACAGCUGCAGAGGGAACAGGAGCAGGAGCUGGAACGGCUAGCUCAGCUUCAAAGGGAGCAGGAACAGGAGCAGCAACGUUUGGAGCAGCUCAAGCGAGAACAGGAGGAUGAGCAACAGCGUCUAGAGAUGUUGAAGCGUGAACAGGAACAGGAACAGCAACGACUGGAGCAGUUGAAGCGAGAACAAGAGCAAGAGCAACAACGUCUGGAACUGCUGAAGCGUGAACAGGAGCAGGAACAGCUACGUGUGGAGCAACUUCAGCGUGAAAAGGAGCUAGCCCUGCAAAAGGAGCAGCAAGCAACGGUAGUGGAGGAUGUGAAGAUCACGACCACAACUUCACAUACCGGGCUGCCACAUCAACAGCAGUCGUUCGAUGUGCAAACGAUCGAUGAAGAACAGUACCUCCAGGAGCCUCAGGUUCCGCUGGUCAUACAAACCGUUGAAGAACAAGUGCAUGAGCAAAUUCAUGAAGUCAUAACGACGUCCACCCUAUCCAGAAGCGAACCACAAGCGAGCCUACGUGUGAUUCAACCGCUGGCUGACGUGUGCGUUCAGGAAGGGCAGCGUGUACGUCUGCAGUGUGUAGUGGCGGGUGUUCCAGACCCCACGAUCGAGUGGUACAAGAAUGGCAUCAGUGUACAGGGCAAUCCGGACUAUCGGACCAGCUUCGAUCCGGCCAGUGGUGUGUGCACGCUGAUGAUUGACGAAACCGUCACUGCGGACAGUGCCGAUAUAUUGUGCCGUGCUGCAAAUGAAGCCGGCAUCGCUGACACUACCGCCCGACUGCUCGUGACGGAAGCUCCACCACCACCGCCAAAGCCCGCCGGUACAGCUCCCUCGUUCACUAUGCGGCUUCUUGAUGGAGGUGUUGCACAGGAAGGUCAACCUUUCCAGUACGAUUGCGUUGUUGGUGGUCUACCGACACCGACGGUACACUGGUACAAGGGAGAUCAGUGCAUCGACGGUUCGCCCGACUAUCGUCAGACGUACGAUCCGGCUUCGGGUGUGGCGUCCUUGCGUAUCGAGCAGGUCUACCUCGAGGAUCAGACGCACUACACCUGCCGGGCGGUGAACGAUUGCGGAUCGGAUGAAACGAGCGCGUUCCUCACGGUCAAGCCACUGGAACCGACCGAAUUUCCCGACUUCCCGGAACCGCUGUCGAAUGUGAUGGCGCGCGUGGGGCAGAAGAUACGGCUCGAAGCGAAAGUCAGCGGUACACCGCAGCCGGAGCUUAUGUGGACGCACGAUGGCAAACACUUCACCAACCGUGAGGUUAAAUUCUUCUACGAAAACGGCCGAGCGCAAUUGGUCAUAGACGAGGCAUUCCUGAAGGAUGCUGGUGUCUACACGCUGACCGCCAAGAAUAUCGCCGGUGAAAAGUGCUGCUCGUGUAAUGUGGUGGUGAAGGGUCGGCUACCGAACGAAACCAGCGACUCGGAACUAGCAAGCGAUAUGGAGCCAGUGAAGCCCGCAGUACAGCUGCCGUUGCGGGAUGUGUCAGUGUUCGAGGGAAAACCUGUCCGGCUGGACUGUGUGAUUGUGGGCCAACCGGAGCCGGAAGUGAUCUGGUAUCACGGCGAGCGACCGGUGAAGGAGUCGAACGACUUUCAGCUACUGUUCCAGGGCGACCGCUGCUCGCUGGUGAUCCGCGAGGCCUUCCUCGAGGACGCGGGCGUGUACCGGGUGGUCGCUAUUAAUAGCGCGGGUGAGGCGUCGAGCCAAUGCUCGGUGUUGGUUACGCCGCUGAACACGGCCGAACCGGCGGUCCGUCAGCCGGCCGAGCGAGUGUUACCGGUGGUCGGCGCUCCGCCUCGCUUUGAGCGGCUGCUCAGCGACAUCCUCGCGGACGAAGGUGAGCGAGUGCAGUUUGAGUGUGCGGUUAGUGGAGAUCCGCGCCCGUCUAUCCGGUGGUUCGUGAACAACCGCGAAAUCCCGACCGAUGUGACCGUGUCACCGCGCGUGCACUGUGUGGUGCGAGAUGACGGUGUUGUGAAGUUGAUCAUCGAGCGGGUACUGCCGGACGAUAAGGGCGUGUACACGGUGAAGGCCGCGAACGUGUCCGGUGAGGCAAAGUGUUUCUCCAACCUGAUCGUGAAGACGAUCAACGCACCCGAGUUUGAGGCGGUCAGCACGCCCGCCUUCCUUACCGAGAGUCAGGUAUGUCCGACGUUCCGGGAGCUGUUUGCGGACCGUGUCGUGCGUCAGCACGAACCGACCAAGUUCGAGUGUAUUGUGAUUGGUAAGCCGCAGCCAAAGAUUCGCUGGUUCUUCAACGAUCAGCCAGUGCAGGGACACGAUUUCCUCGUGUCGACCAGCGGCGAUCGACAGGUGCUUACCAUCCCCGAGGUGCGCCCGGAGCUUACCGGUAAGAUCACCUGCUACGCGGAGAAUGAGGCAGGCAAUGCCCAGUGUGUCGCGAUCGUGCAACUGCUCGAGCAGCUAGGCUCCAUCGGUCCAAAUCCAAUGCCGGAGCUCGCCCUACCGAUGGUCGAAUCGAUGCAGCAGAUCGACACUACCGGUUCGUCUUGCGUGACGCUUCAGAAGCAUGUGACGACUAGUUCGUCGUCUUCCUACUCAUCCUCCUCGAUGGCCACCGUACAGCAGAACGGUGUGGCCCACACACACUCGGAGGUGCAUGCUGAAUCGGCGAAGCUGGAUCGUUCGUUCCAUCAGGAAGGUGAUCAAGCGCCACAAGUUGCCGAAGCGUCGGAACAUCAACGCUACGAUAAGGUGAACGAUCAGCCUCCGACCGUACAACACGAAGCGUCCUCGUACGUGGGUGUUGCUCCAAACCUCGAAACGAUCAUUGCGAACUCGGGCCAAAUCAGCACGGGCAAACCGGCGAGACGCAACAUGGCGCCAAGGUUUGUUACGCCAUUCAAUGGCAAGAUCGUCGAUCAGGGUGCGGACGUCCUCAUCGAGGGCAUCGUUGAUGGUUAUCCGACGCCCGAAGUUCACGUCACCAAAAAUGACGUUGAGCUGCAGCCGGACGGCGAACGGAUCCAGGUGUCCUACUCGCUGAACAAGAUCGUCGUCCAACUUCGCAAUGUGUCGCCGCUCGAUGCGGGCCGCUAUACGGCCACUGCUUCGAAUGCGGCUGGCGCUUCGACUACUACGGCGGAUCUCGUAGUGAAAAAAUCCAUCUUUCCACCGGUGUUUGGCAGACGGCUGCAGGCACAAACGGCCCGUAACGGAGAUCGGGUCGUGCUGGACGUCGAAGUGUCCGGCACACCCGAACCAACGGUCACUUGGUUUAAGGAUGGCCGACCGGUGCAGGAAACGCUCGCCCCGGGCAGCUAUGCGCUGCAGCAGGUGGGCUCCUGCUUCAAACUGAUCUUCGAGCAGGUCACGAUGGCCGACACGGGCAAGUACAUGGUGGUGGCGAAGAAUGCCGGCGGCGACGCGCAAAGCACGGCCGACAUUGCAGUGCUGCAGUGUGAAAGCGCGCCACAGCCGGCGCCACAGCCAGCGCCACAGCCCGCGCCCCAGAAGCAUGUCUCGUUUGUGGACAUGGUUCAACAGCAGCAGCCCCGUUCGGACGAGGCGCUCGAAGGCGAGGGCGGUGGUUUCACUGCCCGGCAGGAGUACGCGAGCGAGGCGAAGCUGCACGGCCCGACGACGGAGUCGACGAUCGUCACGGAGACGCGCCGUACGACGGAGGCGACGAUGCGCAUGGAGCACAAGAUCAGCUUCCCCGAUCUGCCGGUGCGUUUCUCGCAGCGUACGCAAACGCCCACGGUGCCGACGGUGACCGAGGGCACGAGUCCGAUGGCUGACCCGUCGGCGCACCAGAACAUGGGCACUAACACCGAGCACGUCGUGACCCGCUCGGACGCAACGCAGACUGCGACGACGACGGUCGACGUACCGAUCGCACCAACACCGGCGCAACACGCGCCGGCACCGGCUCAGCCACCGACGACACCGAGCGUUCGGCUCCCAGCUCAGUCCGAAUCGAAACGGGAGAGUAGCAGCAUCAGCAUCAGCAGCAGUACCUCCGUUGUGCGCGAUCGUCCGAAGUCAUUCGAACCACUGUUGCAGCAGCAGCCGCCGCCACCGCCGGCCAACGGUGAUCUCACGGCACAGUUGCCGAUCUACCAGCAACCAGCGCCAUCCGCUGUCGCCAACGCACCAACUCCGACCCAGAUGUACUCAUCCUUCUCCUCGACGCAGCAGUUCCAAGCGUCCUCGACGCUGGCACAGCAGCAGUACUCGCAGUCUUCUAUGCAGUACCAACCGUUCAAGCCUUCCCUAGCGGUGGAGGCACCGAUCCGUGCACCUUCCCCAGCUCCGGUGCCAACCUUCGUACCGAGUCAGGCAGCUCCACCACCGACCCAGAGCUUCCCGCCGAAGAUAACUCCCUUCAAGCCGACUCCAGUCGCUCCAACUGCCGCACCGUCGAUGUUCACUCCGGCACCGGCACCGGCACCAGCACCAGCACCAAUGGCUGCUCCAGUUCCAGCUGCUGUUCAGCAGCUGCCUGCAGCACCUGGUUGCACCUUGACUCCGAUUGCUGGGGCUACUCCAGCCUUCUUGGCCGGUCCGUCUUACAACCAGACGCCGCAACCGUUCAAGCCGCUACCACCACCGACUAUUACGCCAAGUUCGUUUGGAGCCCCUACUCCAGCUGCUGCUCCACUGCCAGAUACCACGUUCGGUCAGCCGGCGUACGCUUCAGCACAGCCGCAACCGCAGGCCUACGCGCCACCGGCACCGGAGCCUACUGGUCCGAUUUCGUUGCCUCCGUAUCAGGAGCCUCUUUCGUUCUCGUCCCAACCUUCCGUUGAGCCGCUGUAUCCUGGUCAGUUGGGCCACCAACAGCCAGCUCAGCAGCCACCUCAACAGUAUCAGCAACAGGUGGAACAGCAGCAGCAGCUGUAUCAACAGCAGCAGAUGUACCAACAGCAGCAGCAGCAAGUAUAUCAACAGCAGCAACAACAACAGGUGUACCAACAGCAGCAGCAGCAGCAGCACUUCUACAUGGAGCAGCAGCAGGAGGAAGAGGUGUACAAGAAGAAGUCGGUGAAGGAAACGAAGAAAAUCUUCGAAGAGUCGCUUCUGCAGCAGCAGGCUGCGUACGGCGAACUGAAGGCACCGCGUAUGGUCCAGGGCGUUCGUUUGCCCGUGGCGGCGCCACUACCGCCAGACUUUGGGUACGGUGCGAUCGCGGAGCUAGGUCUCGAGCCAGGGCCCCAGCCAACGAUGGGCUACGCUCCGAAGGCCUCGAGCGAGCGCAAGAGCUCCUACUACCGGGAGCAGAUCGAGCAGUCCCUGCUGGAGAGCAUGGACAAGGAGCCGGAGCGUGUCCCGGCCGGCGGUGUCAAGAUUAUCCCGCCCAGUCCGCGCAAGAAGUCGAAACAAUCGUCGGGACAAUCGGACACCGCAGGGGGAGCGCCUGCGUCGCUCGAGCAGCCGGCAGAGCCGCAGCAGGGCCAGGGUGCCAAGACCAAGAGUCCGUUCACCGCCACUGAGAGCGAGUACGAGAGUGACCUGGACGGUACCGGAGCCCGGCGCCAGAACGGUUAUCUGGCCGACACGGAGGAGGUUGUGCAGAAGACGGCGGCUGUUUCAUUCGAACAGCAGCAGCAGACGAUCGAGAGCUUCAGCAGCUCGAGCAAGGUUGAGUCUCACUCGUCAUCGAUCGUAAGUGAGGUCGUCCAGCAGCAGUCGGUACAGGUACAGGAGCAGAACGUUGAGCAACAGCAGCAGCAGCAGCAGCAGCAGGUCGUCCAGGAACAACAGCAACAAGCGUUCCAGGAGGUAGCCCAGCCGCCGGUUGCUGCAGAAGAACAGGUACAGCAACAGGAGACGCAGCAGCAAUCCGAGGAAGUGAUCAUAUCAUCGUCGGAAACCGUUCAGAAGGAAACGGUUGAGGAGAGCAAGAGCAGCUUCUUGGUGAACAACGAUCUGCCCGAGGACUUGCAGCCAGUGAAGGUGCUUCCAACCGAGGAACCGCUGCCGACGCUCAAGCAUGUUCCGGUUCCGGCCGCCGUACAACCGGUCCCGGAGCAGGCACCCGCUCCAGAACCUCAGCUCGUGGUGGAGCCCCAGCAGCCUGCACAGCAGCCUCUGCAGCAGCCGCAGCCACAACAACCCGAACCGAUUGCUCAGACUCCGGUGCAGCAGAACGGAUAUCCAACGCCUAGUCCGGCACAGCCAUUCCUGUCGGACUAUGAGAGUGACGCAGCCGCUCCACCGCUGGCAGGCUAUAAACCGGUCCAUCCGGUGUUUGCGCCACCGAAGCAGGAUAUCGCGUCGGGUCCGGCUGCACCGCCACCGUCAGUAUUCGACCCUAUCGACAAGAUUCAAGCGAGCCAAAUCAAUGCACCGACCGAUGGACCAAAGAUUGAGAAGCCAAAACCGAUCAGCUACGUACAGCAGCAACAGCAGCAGCAGCAACAACAAUACCAGUCGUACCAGCAACAGCAGACCUCAUCCUUCCAGCAGCAGACCUAUCAACAGCAGUCUUAUCAGCAGCAGCAAUCGUUCCCGCCGGCAGCACAAUCGAUGCCCGCGCAGUACUACACAUCGGUGACAGCUCAGCCCGUGCACAAUGCGAUCGCCACCGAGACCUCCAACUCGCUGCACAUGAAGGAGAUGACCGAGAGCAGCAACCGUGUGCUGAACAUGCAGCAAACGAAGCGUGUCAUCAGCUUGGAGCAGCAGCAGCAAUCGCAGCAGCAACAGCAACAGUCGUCUGUGUUUAUGCAGAAACCGGGUCGCUUCACACCGGGAGAGUAUCGCGACAGCGAUGGUUACGAUAGCGACGGUACACGCAUUCGUCCCAUGUGGACACCGAACCCGUCGGACAGCGAUGAGCCGCACUUCCGGAGCGUGCGACCAAACUUCCAGCAAUCGCGUUCGACCAGCCUGCCACGGCAGUACGAACGCAUCCAAACGCCGAUGGAGUUCGAUACGCUGCCGGUGCAGAUGCCAACCAAGAUCGAGCUGUCCGCUGGGCUGGAAUCUAGCCAGCACCAGCGCAGCAGUUCGCUGUCCCGCCAGAGCACGCAGAUCGAGACGACCACCACGAUGACGACGGAAACGCUCAAGACGCAAACGUUGGAUCGGUACGCGUCGAAGCGUUUGGCUACGACUCCAGUGCCGAACACGCGCGACGAUAUGGCGGUGAAGGCGCACCGGGUUGCGCCCAUCAACUACAUACAGAAGCAGGCGGACGGCAUGGCACAGACGUUCAAGACGAAGGCGUACCAUUUCAACAACGAGGUUAUGACGGACAUCAAGAAGACCCCGAUCAAGCCGAUCCUGAAGAACGCGUACGGUGCUCCGGUGGUUCAGCAGCCACCGCAGCAACCGCCGCAGCAACAGAUGGCACCACCGCAGGCUACUGCUGCCCCACCACAGGUCUACCGGGAGGAGUCACGAGUAUCGCAAUAUGAAGCAUCAUUCCUUUGCUACAAGGAGCUUAAACCGAACGGCAGCUCGGAACCAAAGCAGCGCGAAACGAACGGCACGGUUCGAACGAUUCUGGAGGAAACGGACACGAUCGAGAAGACGUACCGAUCGAUCUGCCUAAUACAGACGUGCGAAGUGCAACAGCAGCAUGGUGGCUACAUUCAGCAGAGUACUACACCGCUGGCAUCGAUAACGCCCGGUCUCCAGACACCAACUGGAGGUGCUCCGUUCCAGCAACAACCACAGCAGCAAGUACCACUGACACCGCAACCAGCAUACGGUAUGACGGCUCCAACUCCGGUCGCAGCCGGUCCAGGUGAUUACUCACCGCCGGUCUUUGAGCAAAUCUUCAAGAACUCUCGCUUCGCCCAGGGCGGCAACGCGCUGUUCGAGGGCAAGCUGAAGGGUAAUCCCAAGCCGGAAGUUUCGUGGACUCGAAAAGGCGCACCCCUUCUCGAUUCCACGAAGCAUCGCUUGAGCUACAACCCGGCGACCGGAGCCGUCUCGCUGCUGAUCAACCAGAUCGGACCGGGUGAUGAGGGCGAGUACACGUGCAAGGCACGCAACGCUGUCGGAGAAGCGAUCUGCUCGGUGUUCAUCCAGCCGGAGGGUAUGCCGACUCCGCAGUUCCAGCAGGUACGUCGCGAACAGCAGCAAACUAGCAUUACGAAGCAGCAGCAGCAGCAGUACACCAACGGAUAUUCUCACAUGGAGGAGGAGUUCAAGGUGGACACGUUCGAGUAUCGAUUGCUGCGCGAGACAUCCUACAGGGAAUCGAUCACACGGCGCUAUGCCGGUGAAACGGAUGCUCAACUGAUCACGACGGUGGACCGUGCUCUGGGUCCGGCUUCGGCUCCUCAGAUUGGUCAGAAGCCGCGCAACUCGAAGCUUUCCGAGGGUUCGGAUGCAGUGUUCAGUACGCGUGUGGUAGCUAAUCCACGUCCACGACUGUCCUGGUUCAAGGACGGUCAGCGUCUUAUCCCAUCGGCGGAUAAGUACGAAAUGGGUUACUCCAACCAGCAGGCGACGCUGCGCAUCAAGAACGUCAAUGCCCGCGACUCCGGACAUUACACGCUGUUGGCCGAAAACCCGCAGGGUUGUCAGGUGUCGUCGGCUGUGCUGGCGGUCGAAGCCGCACAGGAACAGGUGGCAGUUGAACGUGCUACCUCGUUCUCGGAACAGCAGCAGUACCAUCAGCAGCAACAGCAGCAGGUCAUUGAGACCUCGACCGAGGCGACGAAGGCAUUGUCUCCGUCGUUUGUGACGCUGAUCCAGGACGCGGAGACGACCGAGGGCAAGAUGGUCCGUUUCGACUGUCGUGUGACUGGCCGUCCGUACCCCGAGGUGGCUUGGUACAUAAACGGCAACCUGGUGACGGAUGAUGCAACGCACAAGAUCCUCGUCAACGAGGCCGGCAAUCACUCGCUGAUGAUAACCAGCACUAACCGCUUCGACCAUGGCAUUGUGACGUGCGUGGCACGUAACAAGAGUGGUGAGGUGGCGGCUCAGGCCAAACUGGUCGUGUGCGAGCGUGAACAGGUGGUGGCACCAAAGUUCGUCGAACGCUUCACCACGGUGAACGUGAAGGAGGGCGAACCGGUGCGACUGUUUGCACGUGCCAUCGGAACACCGUUGCCGCGCAUUACAUGGCAGAAGGAUGGUAUUCCGCUUGUGCCAGGACCGGAGGUUCAGAUCUGCAACGAUGAGAACGGUUGUACUACCGUGGACAUCCCGAGAGCGAAGGCGUCGGACGCAGCGUGGUACCAGUGUACGGCACAGAACGUGGCCGGUACCACGGCAACUCGCGCCCGUCUCUUCGUCGAAGCUCCGAAGGGACCGGCGCCAGAGCAGAAACGUCUCAAUCUACCACGUCCAACGAAGGUCAUUCAGCCAGAAGCUGUUCCGGAACCGGAAAUCAUCUACUUGCGUCAUGUGGAGCGAGCUGCUCCUCAUGCACCACCGAAGGAGGAGGAGCGGACCUAUCCACCACCGAAGUUCAUUGUGCCGUUGAGCGACGUUGCACAGGUUGAAGGAGGAAAGGUUCACUUCGAGGCACGAAUUGAGCCCGUAUCCGAUCCUUCGAUGCGUGUUCAGUGGUUCUUGAAUGGCAAUUUGAUUCAAGCAAGCUCCCGAGCAAACACGACGUUCCAGUUCGGCUUCGUGGCGCUAGAUCUGUUGACGAUUGUGAUGGAAGACAGCGGCGAAUAUCUGUGCCGCUUGUCCAGCUCGACCGGUGUGGCGGAGUCGCGUGCCAUGCUUAGCGUGCAGCCGCGCCCACCAAUCGAGCAGCAACCGCAGCACCCGUCAUCGUUGGAUCAGAUCCAGCACCUUGAGGACUACUCGAAGUACGUGCGCACCGAGAGCAUCGAGGAAGUGGUCAACCAGAAGCCAGGAUUCACCAGACCGCUGCAGGAUUUGGGUGAGCUUGAGGAAGGCCGCAACGCUCAUUUCGAAGCUCAGAUCACUCCGGUCAGCGAUCCUACGAUGCGCGUGGAGUGGUACAAGGACGGACGCCCAAUCACGGCUAGUUCUCGUAUCACUGCCAUCUUCAACUUUGGCUACGUCUCGCUGAACAUUAUGCAUCUGCGAGCGGAAGAUGCCGGUACCUACACGGUGCGUGCGGUGAAUCGCAUUGGCGAAGCUAUCAGCACAUCGAAGAUCACCGUAGUCAGCAAGGCACCCGUUACCGGUGACUUGGGCAUCUCGGAGCAGCGUAACUAUAUCCAGAAGAUCGAAGAGCUGGAACAGUACCAGAAGUAUCAGAACAUGAAGUUCUACGAGGAGACGCCGGAAAGCACUCAGCGUCCGGAGUUCAAGAGCCCCGUCUCGGACCAGCUUAAUGUACGGGAAGGUGGCUUCGCUCACUUCGAGGCUCGUCUGGAACCGGUGGGUGAUGCAACGCUGCGCGUCGAGUGGCUUAAGGAUGGUCAUCCAGUGGAGGCAAGCUCGCGCAUUACCUCGUUCUGCAACUUUGGCUAUGUGGCGCUUACGAUCAAGCAGGUUACCGUACACGAUGUCGGUACCUACACGUGCCGUGCUUACAACUCUCUUGGUGAAGCGCACGUUUCCGCUCGGUUGACGGUGGUGACCCGCCAGGACAUUAUUGUCGAUUCGCAGACGAGCCACAUGGGCAUGGAGAAGAUUCAGUAUCUGGAGGAUUCGUCGCGCUACAUGCGCACCACCCAGGAACAAGUCGAACAGCAACAGGUGGUUCAACCUCAGCCACGAUUCCUUGGACCGCUCAAGGGUACGAACCGCAUUGUCGAGGGCCAGCGUGCCCACUUCGAAGCGCGUUUGGAACCACAGUCAGAUCUGACGAUGCGUGUCGAAUGGUACCAUAACGGUCGUCCGCUGAUGAGUGCUAACCGCAUCCAGACGUAUCAUGACUUUGGCUACGUAGCGUUGGAUAUCUUGGAUGUUCGUGGGGAAGACUCCGGAACUUACACUCUGGUUGCUGCGAACAGCUCGGGACAGGCGCAGGUCGAAGCCACGAUGGUCGUGGAAACUCGUGCCGCUAUUGACACGACGAGCAUGCAUCACGUGGUCGAACGAUCGCAGCAGAAGGCAGAGAAGCAGUUCGUUGAGCCACAGUAUCAAGUUGAGGAGCUGUGCAAGUCGAAGCCGAUCUUCACUCAGCCACUGUCUGAUCCGCAGCCCGUUGGUGAGGGACGUAACAUUCAUUUGGAGUGCAAGCUGGAACCGCUCGGAGAUCCAACUAUGCGCGUAGAAUGGUACCACAACGGACGCCCGAUUACGGUCGGUUCCCGUUUCAAGACCUACUACGACUUUGGUUUCGUUGCCCUGGACAUUCUGCAUUCGACCGCAGUUGACUCGGGCGAGUACACGGUGCGAGCCACGAACCAGCUCGGAUCGGCUCACACGUCUGCGUGCGUGCGCGUCAUUACCCGUUCGGAUGUCAUCACCGAGGCGCAGAGCGAAAUGUCCGUUGAGCAGAUGCAGUAUCUGGAAGAUGCAUCGCGUAUGCGUCGGGAUGUGCUUGAGGACAUUACGGUGAUGUCGCCGCCUCAGUUUGCGCGCUCACUGCACAACAUUGAAACGUUCGAGGGAACCAACAUUCAUCUCGAGUGCCGUCUGCAGCCCGUCGGUGAUCCGACCAUGCGGGUGGAAUGGUUCGUGAACGGAAUGCCGGUAAAGAUUGGACAUCGUUUCCGACCGGCAUACGAGUUCGACUACGUUGCACUGGACCUGCUCGGUGUGUACGCGGCAGAUUCUGGUGUGUACACUUGCCAGGCACGCAAUUCGCUCGGUGAGGCCGUUACAUCUUGCUCCGUGCGCAUCAUGGCCAAGAAGGAUUUGAUCCUGGAAACGCAAUACCCGGCCGGACUGGAGAAGCUGCAAUAUCUGGAGGACAUUGCUCGCUAUCGCAAGACCGAGUACGUCGAUGAGAUUGUAAACGUGAAGCCACGCUUCCUUACCAAGCCCAAGAACAUCGACCGAGCGCAGGAGGGCGGACAUGCGCAUUUCGAGUGCAAGCUGGAACCGGUCACGGAUCCGAACCUGAAGGUGGAAUGGUACAAGAACGGUAUGCCCAUCACCGUGGGUCACCGUUUCCGUCCAAUUCAUGAUUUUGGCUACGUUGCACUCGACAUCAUCGACCUGAUCGCUGAGGAUACCGGCACCUACAUGUGUCGCGCCGUAAACUUGGUCGGUGUUGAUGAAAUUGCCGUGCAGCUGGCGUGCCGUGGAUCGCAGCAGAUUCUUACUAACACCCAGAACGAGAUGGGGCUGGAACAGAUUCAGUAUCUGGAGGAAAAGACCCGUCAGCAGCGUUCGGAUUAUCUUGACGAGAUGACGACGCAGGCGCCAACGUUCACGACUUCGCUGAAGCACAUCGAAAUUAAGGAAGGCCAGCGAGCUCACUUUGAGUGUCGUUUGAUUCCUGUUUCGGAUCCUACGCUGCGUGUGGAAUGGUACCAUAACGAGGCUCCCGUCAAGACUGGUUCUCGUUUCACCGAAACGAACAACUUUGGCUUCGUAGCGCUGGACAUCAUGGGCUGCCUGGCUGAUGACUCCGGCACCUAUACUUGCCGUGCGGUGAACGCACUGGGUGAAGCCGUGACGUCGGCUACUUGUGUUGUGCAUACGCGCAAGAGCAUCUACUCGGAAUCGCAACACGAACAUGCUCUGACUAGCUUGCGCUACCUGGAGGACAACUCACGCUACCAGCGCGAUACGGAGGUUGAUGAGGUUAUCACUCAGGCUCCGGUGUUCACGCUGCCUGUUAAGGAUGUCAAGGCGGCGGAGAAUCAGGCUGUUCACUUUGAAGCACGCCUGGUACCGGUCGGUGAUCCAAAGAUGCGCGUAGAAUGGUUGCGCAAUGGUGUCCCGAUCGAGGCGUCGAACCGCACCACGACCAUGCAUGACUUCGGUUACGUAGCGCUGAACAUGAAGUACGUCAACCCGGAGGACUCGGGCACCUACACGUGCCGUGCAACCAACGACCUUGGUCAGGCGGUUACCUCUGCGAAGCUGGUCGUCCAGUCGAAGGCAUCACUGGACCUUGAAACUCAGAACGAGAGUGCGCUGGAGAAGAUCCAUCAGCUCGAGGACGCUAUCCGCUUCCAGCGUCGCGAGGAGGAAGACGUUGCCGUUACGCAGCCACCUAAGUUCACCACGAAGCUGCACGGCCCAACGAAUCUGGUCGAAGGCCAGAGUGCUCACUACGAAUGUCGCAUCGAGCCGUAUCCGGAUUCGAGCCUGAAGGUGGAAUGGUUCCACAACGGACAGCCGCUCACCACCGGCCACAGAUUCCGUACGACUUACGACUUUGGAUUUGCCGCGCUCGAUGUGUUGACGGUGUACGCCGAGGACUCGGGUGAGUACACGUGCCGUGCAACGAACCAUCUCGGAUCGGAAACGUCAUCGAUCGCGCUGAACGUAACGCCGAAGGCUGGUAUUGUGCGGGAGACGCAGCACGAAGGUGCGCUGGAGAAGAUCCAGUACCUGGAAUGUGAUGCUCGCUACGGCCGCAAGGGUGAAGAUGAAAUGUACGUGGCCGAGAAGCCACAGUUCGGCAGACCGCUCAAGAAUGCCAGCGUUGGAGAGGGACUGCCAGUGCAUCUGGAAGCGACGUUGACGCCGGUCAACGAUCCAACGAUGAAGGUGGAAUGGUACUGCAAUGGACGCCCGAUUCAACAGGGCCACCGGUUCAAGACGACAUACGAUUUCGGUUUCGUAGCUCUCGACAUCCUUUAUGCGCACGCUGAGGACACGGGAACUUACAUGUGUAAGGCUAAGAAUGCAAUUGGAGAGGCUGUUACGACGUGCGCUGUUAAAGUCACAGCAAAUGCCGGAUUAUAUUUGGAGACGCUUGAUGAACAGCGGCUGCAAAAGAUUAAGGAACUGGAGAGCUACCAGAAACCGCACACCCCUGACGUUGAGCCGGCCAAGCAGAAACCAGUCUUCCUCACUCCGCUGACUAGCUUGGAGAAUCUGAAGGAAGGCGACUACGCCCACCUGGAGUGUCGCGUGGAACCGAUCAACGAUCCGAACCUCAAGAUUGAAUGGUUCAUCAACGGUAAGGCAAUCCGCGCCGGACAUCGCUUCCGUACGACGCACGACUUCGGCUACGUGGCGCUCGAUAUUCUGUACGUGUACGGCGAGGACAGUGGAACGUACAUGUGCAAGGCCACCAACCAGGUCGGUGAGGCGGUCAGCACGUGCAACAUUCGCGUCACGAACAAGCGCAACAUCAUCUUCGACUCGCAGCAUCCGGACGGAUUGGAAAAGAUCCAGAAGCUGGAGGCUCACGUCCGCCCAUCACGACUGGAGCUAGACGAACCGGAAGUCACUGCACCACGCUUCGUUACCGAGCUGCGUGGCACAACGGAGAUCCACGAAGGACAGACGGCCCACUUCGAGGCACAGGUUGAACCGAUCCACGAUCCGAACUUGCGCAUCGAGUUCUAUCACAACGGUAAGCCUCUACAGUCGGCUUCUCGCUUCCACAUUACGUUUGACUUUGGUUACGUCGCACUGGACAUCCAGCACGUUGUUGCUGAAGAUGCCGGCGAGUACAUGGUUAAGGCCAUCAACGCCAAGGGCCAGUGCAAGUCGACGAUCAAGAUGCAGGUUACUGCCAAGGGAGCGAUCAUCUCCGACACGCAGCAUCCGGAGGGACUGGACAAGAUCAAGCAGCUGGAAGGCGCUAGUCCGUUCCGCCGUCCGGAAGUUCAGGACGCGAUCACCAAGCAACGUCCAGUGUUUACGCAACCACUGCAAAACAUUGACUUUGUUGCUGAAGGGCAAACGGCACACUUCGAGUGCCGCUUGAUCCCGGUGGGUGAUCCGAACCUGCGCGUGGAAUGGUUCCGCAACGAGCAGCCGCUCGAGGACAGCUCGCGCAUCACGAAGCAACACGAUUUCGGCUUCGUCUCGAUGGAUUUGCAACACGUGCGCGAAGAAGAUGAGGGCGUGUACAUGUGCCGCGCCAUCAACCCGCUGGGCGAGGCCGUCACGACCGCUUCCAUGCGUGUCCGCACGAAGGCUAGCAUUCAGAUGGAUUCGCAGCAUCCGGAGGGCAUGAAGAAGAUUAUCGCUUUGGAGCAACCGCACCAGCAGCGUUCCGAGGACCAGGAAGCAGCAUUCGAGAAGCCCAUAUUCACGCAGUUGCUGACCGGACCGUCCGACCUUUGGGAGGGUCAGCACGCACACUUCGAGGCACGCGUUGUGCCGGUGGGUGAUGCUAGCAUGAAGUACGAAUGGUACGUGAACGGUGUUGAGCUUAAGAUGGGAUCGCGCUUCCGCACUACGAACGACUUUGGAUUCGUCACGCUGGACAUCAAUUCGGUCGUGGCGGAAGAUUCGGGCGUGUACAUGUGCAAGGCAAUCAAUCGCGCAGGUGAAGCCGUAUCGUCAACCACGAUGAAGAUCAAGUCGAAGGCAUCAAUCGCGGGAGAACCACUGCUUCCGGAAGCUUGGGAGAAGAUUCAGCUGAAGGAAGCCGCCAUGAACCGUGUUCCGGAUAUGUUUGUCGACACGACGCCACAGCAGGCGCCAGUGUUCACCACUCAUCUGGAAAGCCAUGACAAGUUGCAGGAAGGUCAGCAUGUCUAUCUGGAGGCUCAGGUGGAACCGCGUGCCGAUCCGAACCUCCGUAUCGAAUGGUUCAAGAACGGUAUCGCCAUCACCACCGGAGCACGUAUCCGCAGCACGUUCGAUUUCGGACUUGUUACGCUUUCGAUCAACGGACUGCGUGCGGACGACUCGGCCAUCUACACGUGCAAGGCUACGAACAAUCUCGGUGAAGCUGUGUCUACGGCUACACUCAAGAUCGACGCCAGCCAUUGGCUGCUCGGUGACACCAUGCAUCCGUCGUCCGUGCAGAAGAUCCAGGAUCUGGAGGCACCGCGCAUGAACCUGCGCGAUGUCCCAGAGGAUCAGUUCGAAUCGCCAGUCUUCGUGAGCCACCUGAACAACGUUGAAAUCAAGGAGGGCGAAAAUGCACACUUCGAGUGCCGCGUUGAACCGUCCAAGGAUCCGACGAUGCAGAUCGAAUGGUUCGUCAAUGGCAAGCCACUUCCAACGGGCGCUCGUUUCAAGACUACGUAUGACUUCGGAUUUGUCUCGCUGGAUCUGACCGGCGCGUACGCUGAGGAUUCCGGUAUUUACACUUGCAAGGCAACUAACAGCAAGGGAUCGGCAUCGACUUCGGGUUCGUUGCGCUGUACCAGUACCACCACAAUGUACCUGGACACACAACACCCCCAGGGCAAGGCUGGACUGGAGGCCGUCCAAGAUACGGAAGCAUCUUUGGCCAACCGUUACCGCCGCCAGGAAUCGAAACCGGAAUCUGCCUUCCCGAAACCACAGUGGACGGUACAGCUGCAGUCGGAGUUCCGGCUGAACGAAGCAGAAGCUCUUCAUCUGGAAGGCCAGGUCGAACCGAAGGACGAUCCUAACCUGAAGAUUGAGUGGUACUUCAACGGCAAGGUGCUGGAGCAUGGAUCACGCUUCAAGAUGACAAGCGAUUUCGGUUUCGUCACGCUCGACCUUACGGAGGUGUACGAGCGCGAUCAGGGUAUUUACACCUGCAAGGCAUACAACCUAUCUGGCGAGGCAUUCACCUCGUCGACCGUGUACUGUGCCACGAAGGAGAGCCUGAUCGAGCGUACGCAGCAUCCAAAGGGCACGGAGGGUUUGGAAAAGAUCCAGGAUCUCGAGGAUUCGCUCCGUCGUCCGGAAGGUGGAGAGGCGGAAUCGGACGCUGGACAUGCGCCACGCUUCACUUCGGAGUUUGUGACGCUGAAGAACGUCGGUGAGGGUGAGAUUGCGCACUUUGAUGCCACCCUCAUUCCGACCGGCGAUCAGUCGAUGACCAUCGAGUGGCUGUACAACGGCAAGCAGCUCGAAGCUAGCCACCGCGUGCGCACGGUGUACGCAUUCGGAAUGGUUGUGCUUGAGAUCCUUGGCACGAAGAUUGAGGACUCAGGUAGCUACACGUGCCGCGCCACGAACCGUUGGGGAACGGCUGAGAUCAGCGUUGAUCUGGAGUGUGUUGACAAGUCGGCUGGACAGAAGCCGCGCUUCACCACUCAGCUACAGUCGUUGGAGGGCUUGAAGGAUGGACAGUCGGCUCACUUCGAGUGUACGCUUGUGCCGGUGAACGAUCCGGACCUGAAGGUGGAAUGGUUCCACAACGGCAAGCCGAUGCGCCACUCGAACCGCAUCAAGCCAGUGUCAGACUUUGGCUACGUGCUGCUGGACAUUGCGUACGUGCAGAGUCACGAUUCGGGCGAGUACGUGUGCCGUGCAUCGAACAAGUACGGCGAAGACACGACCCGCGCUACGCUCAAGUGCUUCGGAAAGGGAGGCGUGUAUCUGGAAUCGCUACAACCGGACUCGCUGGCAAGAAUUCGCGAGCUGGAAAGCCAGUCGGGCGUGAAGCAGACUGCUGCCGGAUCGCCAGUUGGCGAGGCACCACGCUUCACUACGAAGAUCACCGACAUUACCAAGCUGGUCGAGGGACAGAGCGCUCACUUUGAGGCCCGUUUGACACCGAUCAACGAUCCUGAGCUGGUGGUUGAAUGGUACUGGAACGGACAGAAGCUGCCACACGGUCAUCGCUACCGUACGUUCCACGAUUUCGGAAUCGUCAUCUUGGAUAUUUUGUACUGCUACGAAGAAAACUCUGGUGAGUUCGAAUGCCGUGCUACGAACAAGUAUGGCUCGGACAGCACCAAGGCUACGCUGCGUUGCAUCUCGAAGGCCAACCUCAUCCUGGACUCACAACUGCCCCGUGGAAUGGAGGGUGGACUGGAGAAGAUCCAGACGCUGGAGGACUCGUUGAUCCGUACGCGUGAUGAGCGCGAGCGUACUGAGGGUGGCCGUGCUCCUGUCUUCACAACACCGCUGUCGAACAUCGAUUCGCUGCGUGAAGGCGAAAGUGCACACUUUGAGGCGAAACUGACACCAACCGACGAUCCGAAACUGAAGGUGGAAUGGUUCUGGAACGGCAAGCCACUGAAGACUGGCUCCCGGUUCCGCACGUUCUGCGACUUUGGAUUCGUUAUUCUGGAAAUCUCGCCAGUGUACCCCGAGGACUCGGGUGAGUACUCGUGCCGUGCGACGAACGAGUACGGUGAGGCCGUCACCACUUCGACCAUGCGUGUGCAGGGCAAGCGUAGCAUCAUUCUCGAGUCGCAGUUGCCCAAGGGCAUGGAGGGCACAAUCGAGCGUAUUGCUGAGCUGGAAGGUCUUGGCAUUCCGCACGGUGGACUUGGGUCGCCCGAUGACGAUACGGGUAAGCCGCCGGAGUUCAUCACCACGCCCUCGGACAUGACGCUGACGGAGAACUCGCUGGCCCACUUCGAGUGUCGCCUGACGCCGAUCAACGAUCCGAGCAUGCGUGUCGAGUGGUACCACAACGGAAAGGCACUAUGGGCCGGAUCGCGCAUCAAGACUAUCAACGACUUUGGUUUUGUGAUCUUGGAGAUUGCUGGAUGCUACCAGCGUGAUUCGGGACUGUACACGUGCAAGGCUACCAACCGCCAUGGAGAGGCUACCGUCUCAUGCAAGCUUACCGUGCGUGGACGCCAGGGCAUCAUCAUGGAGCCACAGCUGCCAUCGAACUUCCGCACUGGUACGGAAAGCAUCCAGAAGCUGGAGGAACAGCUGCACAAGCGCGAGGAGCUGCUGGCUGACGAAGAGGAAGGCCGCCCGCCGAAGUUCGUCGUCGAAAUCAAGGAUAACGUGGACAUACCCGAGGGUGGACCAGUUCACUUCGACUGUCGCGUUGAACCGGUCGGCGACUCAUCGCUGCGCAUUGAUUGGUACCACAACGGCAAACCAUUUGCGACCGGUUCUCGUGUGCACAUGCUGAACGAUUUCGGUUUCAUUGCGCUCGAUAUGGAUUAUGCGUACGUGCGAGAUUCUGGCGUGUAUGAGUGCCGUGCCACCAACAAGUGGGGAACUGCAUCCACCACCGCUAAGGUGACUGUGGUAGCCCGUGGUGGUAUCGUGCUUGACUCGCAGCUGCCCGAAGGCAUGACCGCUUCCAAGUUGAAGGAGCUGGAACGUGGAAAGGUAACGUUGGCGACGCAAGAAGAGCGUACCUUCGGACCACCGAAGUUCGUGUCGCAGAUCCAGUCGGCUACUAUCGAUGAGGGUGAAACGAUUCGCUUCGAGUGCCGCGUUGAACCCAAGGAAGAUCCGAAGCUGCGUGUAGAAUGGUUCCGCAACGGCAAACCACUCCCAAGCGGUCACCGUUACCGUACGAUCUACGACAUGGGCUUCGUGUCGCUGGACAUCCUAUCGGUGUACACGGAAGAUGCGGGCGAUUACACUUGCCGUGCUUUCAACGAGCAUGGUGAGGACGUAACGAAGGCCCACAUCAGAUGUAAGAAGCUGCCGUCGAUUGUGCUCCAGAACCAGAUCCCGAAGGGCAUGCAGAAGUCGGAAACGCUCAUGCAGAUGGAAGCCACGAUCAAGAAGUACACCGAGGAGAUCUUCCUCACCGAGGACGAUCUGUUCGAUCCGGACCGCAAGCAGCCACCUCGUUUCGUGGUGCAGAUCAAGGACCAGACCAACCUGGUCGAGAUGCAAGCCACCAAGUUCGAGUGCCAGCUGGCGCCGGUCGGCGAUCCGGACAUGAAGGUGGAAUGGUUCUACAAUGGCAAACCUUUGCCGUACAAGAACCGUUUCACUCCGAUCUACGACUUUGGUUACGUUGCGAUGAACUUCGGCUGGAUCUAUCCGGAGGACAGUGGCGAGUAUCUGUGCCGUGCUACGAACCUGUACGGCAUGGACGAAACGCGCGCAAUCAUCAAGACUACCGGCAAACCAGGCAUCGUAUACGAUUCGCAGCUGCCAAAGGGCAUGAAGAGUAUCCAGAAGAUCCGGGAGAUGGAAGCCUUGUGGAAUUUGAAUAUCCCGGAGGUAAUCGACGAAACACAAAAGCCGAAGAAGGAACCUGCCUUUGUCAGCCGUCCAGAAUCGAUCGAGGUAGAGGAAGGUGAAUGGGCUCGUUUCUGCUGCCGUGUUACCGGACAUCCAAAGCCGCGCGUGAUGUGGCUCAUCAACGGACACACUGUCGUUAAUGGUCAACGUUACAAGCUCACCUAUGAUGGCAUGUAUCACUUCGAUAUCCCGAAGACGCGUCAGUAUGACACCGGCAAGAUUGAGGUGAUCGCGCGCAGCUCCGUCGGUGAGGCCGUUGCUAGCUGCGAGCUGAAGAUUACGCCUCGUCGCGAUGACUACCGCGGUGUGCUGAAGAACUCGCCACGACCAUGGUACGACUACGAUCUAGUCGCUUAUCAGAAGGGACGUAAUGAGACGGAUCUGGAAGUGACGCUGCAGGAAGAGAAGGCGAAGAAGAAGCGCGUCACCAAGGUUGUGCAGAAGGCAAAGUCCAAAAAGGACGGCGAGACCGAAUGGCAAAAGACGGUCAAGCAGAAGAAGGGCGAGGAGUACUACAGCAAGCUGGCUGAGCUUGAGACUGAGCAGCUCACCAAGGAGCAAAAGAUGCGCGAAGAGAAGCACCAGUUUGCGAUCCCAGGCGAGAAGGUUGUGAGUCAAUCGAUCGCCAAGGGUAUGGCAAGUGCCUACGAGCAAACGCUCGAGGAAACUAAGGAGAGCGAAAACGUGGAACUUAUCGAAGCCCCGAAGAAAAAGUUGAUUCCCGAACCGACGGAAACGUCCGUUCAGGGCAAGGAAGUGCACAUCUCGCAGCAGAAGCAAACCCAGAAGGAGGUGUACGAUGACAAGGAGAUCAUCCGCAAGAUCACCGCCACCGAGACAACCGAAAUGGAGCACAAGGGUACGACGCAGGAACGCGUGGUGGAAGGGCCGGUACAGCCGACCAAGCCACCAGUGUUCACGCGCAAGAUUCAACCGUGCCGUGCGUUCGAAAACGAGCAGGCCCGGUUCGAGGUGGAGUUCGACGGUGAACCCACGCCGACAGUGCGAUGGUUCCGCGAAAACUUCCAGAUUAACAACUCGGCUGACUUCCAGAUCCACACGUUCGGAACGAAGUCAGUGUUGAUCAUUCGCCAGGUGUUCCUUGAAGAUUCGGCCGUGUUUGCAGUUAUUGCGGAGAACCGGGGAGGUACUGCGAAGUGUAGCGCCAACCUGGUGGUUGAGCAGCGCCGUCAACAGGGUCGUGGUGGAGUGAUUCCGCCCAGCUUUGUGAGCACUAUCAGCGACACGACGGUCACGGCUGGACAGUUGGCACGGUUCGAUGCAAAGGUUACCGGCACGAAGCCACUCGAUGUGUACUGGUUGAAGAAUGGUCAGAAGCUGACGCCGAACAUCAAGUACAAGAUGCUCGAGGAGGACAACAACUACACGCUGCUGAUCAUUGAGGCGUACGCAGAAGACGGGGCGAAGUACGAGUGUGUUGCCAUCAAUGGUGCCGGUGAGGCACGGUGUGAUGCGGUCUGUACCGUGGAUACCCCGGUUACGCCCAUCAUUGAGAAGCCAGCCACACCCGGAACGGAGCGUCCGCCAACGUUGGUAGAACCGCUCAAGGAUAAAACCGUGCCCGAGGGCCAGUCGGUAGAGUUCCGCACGCGAGUCACCGGCAAACCGACACCGACCGCACAGUGGUUCAAGGGCGACAAGCAGAUCAAGCCUUCAAAGUACUUCCAGAUGGGCAAGGAUCGGGAUGCGUUCACGCUGAUCGUUACCGAGGCGUUCCCCGAGGACGAGGGUCAGUACCUGUGCAUUGCAUCGAACCCGGGCGGUGAGGUUCACACGACUGCCACGCUGAAGGUGGUGGCACCGGAGAUGCCCGACGCCGGUCCAAAGCUGGGCGAGAUGAAGGAUUGCAUCGUGGACGAGGGUUCGCCGGCCCAGUUCAAGACAACGAUUGUCGGCAAACCUACCAAAAUGACCGUCCAGUGGUUGCGCGAGGGUCUCCUGAUUCCGGAGUCACCCGAUUUUCAGAUGAUCAACGAGGGCAACAAUGCCGUGCUGCUGAUCGGGACGACCUACGAGGAAGACUCCGGUACCUUCACCUGCCGUGUGACCACAUCCGCCGGGCAGGUCGAAACGUCCGCCAAACUGAUAGUCAAAAAGCGCCGUAAGCAGCUGCGACAGGUGCACGGUGCCGAUGGAGUAUUGCUCCAACAGCAACAGGAUGUGCAACAGGCGCAACAGUUUUCAUCAUCCACCACGACCACCGCCACGGCCACUGCCCAACGGCUGAGUGAUGGAUCGUACGAUAGUAGUACCGAGGUAAGCGAGGUGGUAGACACUGAGUUCGUCCCGCAAGGUGAUGAGAGUCUACCCUGGAGACGGUCUCGAAGCUUAUCCCGAGGCCCGACCUCCACUGCCGCUCCCUGGCGUCGUGCGUCACAGGAUCGCCGUACAUCACGCGACCGAUCACUAUCGAUCGACAAGCGUGAAGAGAUCAAACCGUGGACGGCCGAGGUGGUGAAACUGAAGAAAACUACCAAGGAGCGUAAGAAAAUCGAAAAAGAAAAGCUAGAAACGGUACAGCUUAAGCCGACACAAAUCCAGAAGCCGCAGGUGAAGCGGGAACAGCUGGAGAAAGUUGAACUGAAGACGGUGAAACGCGAACAGCAAGAAAUCUCUGAGCAUCACAUGGAAGAGAUGGUUCAAGCGAUUAUCGGCGAGCGGGAAGACAUCGAUCAUGUGGACUACCAUGUUCAAAAAUUGCAACACGACGAGGACAUUUCCAUCCUCGAAAUUCAACAGCAAGUAGAUGAGUCAACUCAUAAAGACUCGGAAACAGCUGAAGGUGUUCCUUGGCGGAGAGGUGGACCCCGAAAGGAACAGUACGUAGAGACUGACGAAAGCGCUAUGCUUAAGGUAGAUAGAGACGAAACAACGCUAGAGCAAGAGCAACAAAAGAUUACCUUGGACCAGGGAACUGGUGUUGCUUGGAGGCGAGGUAAACGUCCCGAACCGGAACGUCUACCUUAUGCACAGGUGGAAGACUCUGCUAUGCUAAGAGUGGAUCGUUCAGAAGAACAAGAAGCGAAGACACCACAGCAACAUACAGAGCUACAACCAGUACCCUGGCGUCGAGGACCAAAAGAAGGUUCUUCUCAACCCGUGCAGGUAGUCGAACAGGACGACAGUGCAUUGCUCAAAGUAGAACUAACACAGCAAGAGCUUCAACAAGACACGAAACCUAACGAACAGCCAGUAGCAUGGCGAAGGGGACCUAAGGAAAGAAAACCCAUAUCGGAACCAGUACUGGAAGCACCUCAAACAACAGUGGAAGAACAGCCCGAGGCGCAACUUCCACCAUGGAUGAGAGGACGCAAACCGGGACCGAAACGGGAAUUGCCCAAACCACCAGAACCGGAAAAGGUUGAACAGGUUAUGCUGAAGCCCACGCCACGUCAGAAGAAGGAGCUUCCUAAAGAAGCCAUUGAGGAAGUUUCCUUGAAACCCGUCCCCAAGAAGCCCGUUGUUGAAGAGGUUCCUGCUACAGAACCUGAGGAAGUGGAAGAAAAAACGGUCAAGAUCGUCAAGAAGAAGAAACCGAAGUCUGUGCCUCAACAAGAGUCCUUGGAGAAGCUGGAGUUCACUCCUACAGAAGCUCCUGAGGUUGAAACGAUGCCGCUUCCUGAAAAACUGGAAGAAAUUAAGCCCAAAGAACCGGAACAAGAGCCUGAAAAGCCAACCUGGCGCAGGCAACAGAAGCCAAAGCCUCAAGAAGAAGUUGCAGAGGAAAAACAAUGGCCCACCGGUAAGCGGCGUCCACUGCCCGAAGAGCCAAAGGAAGAAGUUGUUCUCAAGCCUAUUCCUCGACCAACGAAGGAGGAAGAGCCAAAGGUACCAGAGGAGCCUACUAUUAAACCGAAACCAAUCCCGCAGCUUGACGAUAAACCGGAGCCUGAACUGGAACUAGAAAAGCCUACUAUUUCAGAAGAAGACUCAAGUCUUCCACCAUGGCGUCGUGGUAAGAAGCCAGUAGAGAAGAAGCCUAUUCCAGCUCCGGCAGAACCAGAAAAGGUUGAACAGGUUAUGCUGAAGCCCACGCCACGUCAGAAGAAGGAGCUUCCUAAAGAAGCCAUUGAGGAAGUUUCCUUGAAACCCGUCCCCAAGAAGCCCGUUGUUGAAGAGGUUCCUGCUACCGAACCUGAGGAAGUGGAAGAAAAAACGGUCAAGAUCGUCAAGAAGAAGAAAUCGAAGUCUGUGCCUCAACAAGAGUCGUUGGACAAGCUGGAGUUCACUCCUACAGAAGCUCCUGAGGUUGAAACGAUGCCGCUUCCUGAAAAACUGGAAGAAAUUAAGCCCAAAGAACCGGAACAAGAGCCUGAAAAGCCAACCUGGCGCAGGCAACAGAAGCCAAAGCCUCAAGAAGAAGUUGCAGAGGAAAAACAAUGGCCCACCGGUAAGCGGCGUCCACUGCCCGAGGAGCCAAAGGAAGAAGUUGUUCUCAAGCCUAUUCCUCGACCAACGAAGGAGGAAGAGCCAAAGGUAACAGAGGAGCCUACUAUUAAACCGAAACCAAUCCCGCAGCUUGACGAUAAACCGGAGCCUGAACUGGAACUAGAAAAGCCUACUAUACCAGAAGAAGACUCAAGUCUUCCACCAUGGCGUCGUGGUAAGAAGCCAGUAGAGAAGAAGCCUAUUCCAGCACCGGCAGAACCAGAAAAGGUUGAACAGGUUAUGCUGAAGCCCACGCCACGUCAGAAGAAGGAGCUUCCUAAAGAAGCCAUUGAGGAAGUUUCCUUGAAACCCGUCCCCAAGAAGCCCGUUGUUGAAGAGGUUCCUGCUACAGAACCUGAGGAAGUGGAAGAAAAAACGGUCAAGAUCGUCAAGAAGAAGAAAUCGAAGUCUGUGCCUCAACAAGAGUCGUUGGACAAGCUGGAGUUCACUCCUACAGAAGCUCCUGAGGUUGAAACGAUGCCGCUUCCUGAAAAACUGGAAGAAAUUAAGCCCAAAGAACCGGAACAAGAGCCUGAAAAGCCAACCUGGCGCAGGCAACAGAAGCCAAAGCCUCAAGAAGAAGUUGCAGAGGAAAAACAAUGGCCCACCGGUAAGCGGCGUCCACUGCCCGAAGAGCCAAAGGAAGAAGUUGUUCUCAAGCCUAUUCCUCGACCAACGAAGGAGGAAGAGCCAAAGGUACCAGAGGAGCCUACUAUUAAACCGAAACCAAUCCCGCAGCUUGACGAUAAACCGGAGCCUGAACUGGAACUAGAAAAGCCUACUAUUUCAGAAGAAGACUCAAGUCUUCCACCAUGGCGUCGUGGCAAGAAACCAGCAGCCAAACGAGAAAUUCCUGCUCCUGAACCUACGACUAUGGAAACGGUUACACUCAAGCCUACUCCAAAGAGGGCUAAGGAACUGCCCCAAGAACCGUUGGAAGAGAUAUCAUUGAAACCGGUGCCACAAAAGUCGGAAAUUGAAGAUAUUCCAGCUGACACGACGUCAGUUGCUGAAGUGAAGGAAAUUGUUGCAAAGAAGGCGAAGAAACCAAAACGAAAGGAUGAAGUGGAACCUUUAGAAAAACCACUUUAUCCCGAUAUUCCGGAGCAAGAAGACGUUCAACUAGAAGCAAUAGAACACGUUCCUGAAGAGUUGCCUAAGCAACCGGAAGCUGCUCCAGAGCAACCACCAUGGAGAAGAACGCCAAAGCCAAAGCCAGUUGAAACGGAAGAGCAAGAAAAGAAAUGGCCCACAGGCAAGCGGCGUCCUCUAGCAGAAGAACCUAAGGAGGAGGUAGUAUUGAAACCAAUUCCAAAACCCACUAAAGAGGUUGAACCAGAACCAGAGCAGCAGAUUACAAUCAAACCGAAGCAAGCAGAACCUGCACCGAAGGAGGAAGUGCCCGAAGUAACUCCAUGGCGUCGCGGAAAGAAGGAGAAGCCACCAACAGAAGAAGAGGAGCCAAAGGAAUGGCCUAAAGGCAAGCGAAGGCCGCUGCCAGAAACUCCACAGGAAGAGGUAGUGCUCAAGCCGAUUCCUAAACCAACGAAAGAAGAAACUCCAAAACCGACCGAGGAACCAACAAUUGUUCAGCGAGAACCUCAGCUUUCAGAGCCUGAGCAACCAAAACCAGCACCCUGGCGUCGUGGAAAGAAAGAGCUGCCCAAGGAGGAAGUUCCCAAGGAAGAAGUCACUCUGAAACCAAUACCGAAACGCGCCGAACCAGAACAAACAGUGCAGGAGGAAGUCGUGUUGAAACCUGUUCCUGCGCAAGAAGCACUGGUAGAAGAAGUGCCUGCACCUCACGAACUGCAACCCGUUCGUGAUGUGAAGAUUGAGGAGACCGUCACGAAGAAAACGAAACGCAUCAAAAAACAAAUCAUUAAACCGAAGCUCCCCACAGAGUCGGGUAUCGGCGAGGUGGAAGAAUCGGUAACAUUCGAAGAGCCCGAAGAACCGGCGCAGGUGGCCGAGACGAUCGUCGAUAUUGUGCCGGAGGAAGUGCUGGACCUUAUCCCCGAGUUGGCACCGCGCGAAACGGCCAAGAAGAGAAAGUCGCGCAACAAGAAGCACGUUGUGUUCAAGGAAGAACUUAGCACAUUUGCAAUGGAGCCCGAGGAUGAAGAGGAAGAGGACGAGGAAGAGGAAGAGCAAGUGCAGGAGAUUUCAAGAUCGAGUAUUACGCUUACACGCCCUGUUCCAGAAAGCAAACCAUUACCAACGCCCAUCGAAGAAGUUAAGGUGGAGGAACAGGCUGAGUUCCGCAAAGAGCUGGAAGUUCGCGUACAGUCUAAUAUCGUCAAAAAGGAACGCCAGCGUCGUGUGUUCAUCGACGAUAGUCAACCGCUACCGGAACUGGAAAUUAUUACCCAGAAGCGCAUCCAAGAAGUGACGGACAAGAUCGCUGAGGAAGAAAUUCGUGAGGAUCGUCAAUUGAUUGAAACGACUCUACAGCAAGUCGCGGAGACAAAGAUUCAGGAGCGAACGGUGAAAAUAAGCAAGCCGAAGGUGCAGCCUCCUAAUAUUGUGGAAAAAUUGCAGCCCCAGAUCUGCGAGCCGGAUAAGCCAGUUCAACUGCGUUGCCGCAUCGAGGGCGUUCCAUUCCCAACGGUGCAGUGGUACUUCAACGACACCGUUCUGUUUGCCAACUCGGAGUACAUCAUGAACGUGGUGGAGGAUGUGGCCACCCUGGAGAUUGCCACCGUGCAGCCAUACCACGUCGGAAUAUACACCUGCGAAGCUAAGAAUGUUGCCGGAGUAGCCAUCAGCAAGGCCAACAUCGUCGUGCAGGAAAAACCAGAGCAUGGUGAGGCACCUCGCUUCGUUGUACCGCUGAAGAUCGAGCUAAAUGAACAGAAGACGGUGGCAACGGUGACGUGCCAGGUGGCAGGUAUUCCCACGCCAAAGGUACGCUGGCUGCGUGACGAGAUCGAAAUCAUCGAGGAGGAAGAAGAGGAAAUCGAAACGUACUAUGAAGAACGCACAGGACACGUCCGGCUGACAGUGAAACGGCCAAAGCAGAAUGUACCGGUCGUGUUUACCGUGGUAGCAGAGAACAAAUUCGGAAAGGCCGUGGGUAAGGCAAACGUCUACAUCCAGUCGGUAGUGUUGGAGCGGGUGAAACCAUCCGCAGUUGCACCACAGAUCGUGCAACCGCUGGAGGCUCAGGUCGUACGGACGGGUAGCACGCUUGUGUUCGAGUGUCGAUACACCGGCCUUCCAAUGCCCACAGUCAAGUGGUUCCGCAAUAGCAAAGAAAUUGUUGAAGAGGAGGAAGAAGUAAUCAUCAUCACCGAGGAGUACUACAGCCGGCUGGAAAUUCGUCGUGUGACGCGGCAGAGAGGUGGCAAGUACGAGAUUACCGUCACUAACGAGGCCGGACAGGCUAAGUCGUCUGCCUCCGUUGCUAUCUCGGACGCCACGGACACUGACGAAGCCAAGGCACCGCGAUUCAUCGAGCCGCUAGUGCCGAAGCUGAUCGCCGAAGCGGAGGUUUGCAUAUUGGAAGCCUCGGUUGAGAGCUACCCAACCUCAACGUUCCAGUGGUUCAAGGAGGGUACCGCGAUCCAGUCGACCAACGAACAGCGCAUCGUCACAAAAGAGAACCGUUCUAUUCUGAUCAUCGAGUCGUUCACCCGCAGGGACACGGGAGCGUACACGUGUCGGGCGGAGAAUGUGGCCGGUUCGGUAACCUCCACUGCGACCGUCCAAACGCUGGACACCAUCGAAACCGAGGAGGUUACCGAAUACAUAUCACCUCGGUUUUUGGAGACAAUCAAACCGACGCGUGUUAUGGAUGGAGAGUGUUUAACGCUCGAGUGCCAGGUAGUGGCGAUGCCGCUGCCGAAAGUACACUGGUACCACAACGCGCAGUUGAUCCAGGAAACGAAGGACAAACAGGUACAGCAAGACUCUACCGGGCGCUGUGUGCUCACAAUUAGUGAAGUAUUCCCAGAGGAUAAGGGUGAGUAUACGUGUGUGGCCAGCAAUAAGAUCGGCGAGGCCAUAUGUCGCGCUACCGUCAACGUGGAACCGUUCGAGUAUGUGCCCGACUCGGAGCAGUUCCGCAGCUCAGAAGAAGAUUUGUUGACAGAUAAGUCUAUUUCAACACUCGAAGAGUACGCGGAACCGAUCGAGUACGCACCGCAGAUUGUCAAACAACUGCCCACGAUCAUACACACGCAGGAACGCGAGUUGACCAAGCUGGAAGUGAAGGUACUCGCCCAUCCGAAGCCUCAGAUUCGCUGGCUAAAGGCGGGCGAGGAGAUUAUUCCAUCGGAGGAGUUCCAAAUUGAGAACUUUGAUGAUGGCACCUCCAUACUCAUCAUCAAUGACAUCUAUCCGGAUGACUCUGGAGAAAUUACGUUCGAAGCACACAACGCGCUUGGAGUAGCGAUGACAACAGCCGAACUGGUAGUCGAAGAAAUUGUCGGAACCAAAGCGUAUCGCAAACCGGAAUGGGUACAGCAUAUGGAGGAACUGAAGGAAGCACUGCAAGAAACACCAGAUCUCAGAGAAGACGCGCGUAGCACCAGCAGCAACACUGCGAUUACCACCAUCACCACGAACAACACCACUGUCACGAAGAAAAAACACAAGAAACUUCGCUCCGACAGGAGGCAACAGCACAAACACGAAGAAGAGACAGAGAUUGUCGACAGCGAAGAGUCAAUCGAGGAACGCAGGCGGCUAUCGCAACAACGCCGCCGACAACCCCUGCACCCGCUGCGGCCUCUGUUGCCCAGCGAGGAGCAAGUCGUGGAAGAGUUGGCUCCCGAUUUUCUUACCUCUCCCUUGCGGGAAACGCACAGCCUCCCGCUCGAGGUAGCGUCCGUAACGAGCGAGUCGACCGUGUUGAGUCAGGUAUCGAAUCUGGUCGAGCCUGAGACUGCCGCCGGCACUAGUGCUACGGUAAAGGUCGUGCCGGAAACGGCUCUGGUUACCGAGGAGAUCUUUUUGUCCGAGCGCGAGUCUGACACGAUGCUGUUGGACAGCACGCGCCUGGCGACCAGUCCGCACUACAAACUGUUCGGUGUUAAUGAGCUGGUUCAGGUUUCCGAGGUGAGUCCGCAGGAAAGUUCGCUAGACCAGGGCAUGGUAACGAUGCCGCAAGAGGCUUUAGCUACUACUGAUUUCGUGCCCGUGCAACCGCUCGUUGUAAGCGAGUCUACACCGCAAGAUUCUACCGCUGCGCUGGAGAGAAUAGUCGAGAAUGUUAGCAGUGCUACGUUGCAGCUGCUGACACAUGAUGCUACAAUUGUGCAAGAAACCGUAUCAUCACAGUCUGAGCGGGAGUUACCGGUUCUGCAACGUCCAACGCCUAGUCAUGCCUACUCCAAAGUAUUGUCGAAGGAAUCCCUACAGGUAACGGAAGUAAGCCGUAUUGAGAAGGAAGAAACAUUCGACGGACAGCUGAAACUCCCCGCAGUGCAGCCACACUAUCAUAUACUUCCUUCGGAAUCCAUACAGACAGAAGAGACCUUACCGCAGGACGCACCAAGCCGUUACUAUCCGGAGCUAGUCGUACCGACGGAAAGUGCCCGCCCAGCAAUCGUUGAGCAAAAGUCCUACAUGACCGAGGUGAUGAAUGCACCGGAAAAAGAGGACACAUACCAACCUGGCCGUUUGCCGCCCCAGCAAUGGGCAGACGUGCAACUCCUAACUAAAGAACCACUGUCCGUAACGACACAAACAGUAGAAGAGUCGGAGGUUGAGUUUUCAGCUGCCCCAAAGAUAAGCUCCUACCAAGCAACCGGUUCUGUCACAAUGUUCGAAAACCAACUCACAACGCAGCUGGUUAACGACAAUCUUACUGCCCAAGAUUUCCAAGCUCAAUCGUUCGAGUCCAAGCAGGCUACUGUGGAGUUCCUGGAGCGCACGAGUGUCUCAGUAUCGAAGGUUCUGAGCAAUGAAGCAGAAGCAUCUCUAGCUCCGUUCGAAGUGACCGAUUCCGCAAUGGCACAAACUACCCUCACCGCGCUUAAGCCUGUAAGCGAAUCAACCCUGCAGUUCAUUCACGAGAAAGAAACUCUACAUCAGGGAGCUCCUCGACCAAACGAAGCUGUUGCCGCCACUCUGCUCGAACCCAUCGAAAAUCUAGCAGUCACUGAAAUAGAGACAGCUGACACUGCCGGUCGGUUUUCGCCGGAAGCUGUGGACCGUUCAGAGCAGGCGUCUGCCAGCUUUGUUCCCGUACAAUCACACACCGUUGUGACGGUGGAGGCGAAUGAAAAGGAAGCCGAGCUACCGACUAAAACACAAAUGCUUACGGUCUUUGCUGAGACGCAGCUUAAUCUUCAGCACCAGCUCGAGGUUUUACAGCACGACACAGAAGAGCGGGAGUUCACUUUCCAACCACAGGCAAUGCCAGUUGAUCAGACAGUAAAACCAACUCCCACCGAUAGCUUAAAGUCUGUGCUAGUGCAGGAAACGAUUGCCAACGUCUCCGCAAGUGAGCUAGAGCAUGUCACUCCAGCGUCCCAGCUAGCCCGUGUAGUUCGUUCCGGUGAGCACGAGGAGAAAAUAGUGUCCGAAACUACCAUCUACGAAACGCUACGAUCACAGGAAGACAUGGUAAGACCGGAACAGAAAACAGCAGAGCUGCAACUGCCAAGUUUGGCCAGUGAGCUUAUUGUGACGGAGAUUGUCAGUGAACAAAUGGCGAGCGAUGAAAUCAAACUGCAGGAAUUGGCAAAGGAUCACACGCUCAAACCAAUUCCAACACACUCACUGAAGACGGUUCUAGUAGAGGAAACGGUUACCAGUGAGGGAGUGGACCGUUUGGAAAUACAACAAACUCAAGGCACCAGCCAGGCUAGCUUGAAGGGCGAUGAGCUAGAGGAAACCAUUGUAUCUGAAAUGAUAGUACUGGAAGGUACACUUCAAUAUACAGCUCCUGAUACACCCGCGCAAAAGUCCGCCAUUACAAACGUUGAGCGUCCCGUUGAAGGUUUAACUGUGACGGAAGUAAUUUCGGAACAGCGAGAGCAGGAAGAAGCCAUACGACCGGCCAAAGAUCACUCGGCUAAGGCUGUUCCGACUGAAGCACUAAAAUCUGUACUCAUCGAAGAAGUGCAGCUCUCUAGCCGUGCCGAAACACUGGAGACCUCUGAAACUCUGAGUUCUGAAGCAAUUGUCAAGAUUGGAGAUACGCUGGAGCAGACUAUCGUGCAGGAGUCACUGAUCCUGGAAGACGUUAACAGGCUGAAGGAGGAUACAAAACCCGAACAAAAACAGGCCGAAACACUUCUGCAACCGCGCACCGAACUCACCAUCACCGAGGUGAUUGCGGAAGAUCGCGAACGGGAAGGUUUCGAUGUGGCUGAAAUAGCUAAGGAUCAUACUGCUCGUUCCGUGCCAACACAUACACUUAAAUCUAUACAGGUAGAAACGACCGAAACGGUCGAUUCUGUGGCUAACCUUCUUGCACCUGUCAUCGCAGAGUCACUCGCUACUUUGCAGCGUGAUCAACUAGAGGAGAAGAUUGUUAGUGAGCAGCUCGUUCUGGAGGCAGUCAACCAGUACAAACGAGAAACUGUCUCCAUGCGUCAAGCUGUUCCAGCACUAGAACCUAACACUCCACUAACCGUAACAGAAGUCAUGAUUGAGCAGAAGGAGCAAGAAAAGGUUGAUGAAACGGUCAUCAAAGAUGCACACGCCCAGUCUAUACCGACGCACAUGCUCAAAUCGGUGACAGUGGAACAGGUUGAAGCGGCCGAAAGUCUUGACAGUAUGGAGCAGCCUGCGUCUAUUGAAAGCCUAGCAAACGUUCGUAGCGAUCAGCUUGAGCAAACCAUGGUCUCGGAAACAAUCGCAUAUGAAGCAACCACUGGAAUGGUGGAAGAGGUUAAACCGACGGAAAAGCUAGCAGAGUUGACAGUUAUCCCAAUAAAUGAACUGCUCAUUAGCGAAACUGUGCCUGAGCAGAAGGAGAAAGAAGGGUUCAGUGUGGCAGACAUUGCUCAAGAUUACGUUGCCAAACAGGUACCGUCUCAUUCACUCAAGUCGGUGCUCGUUGAGGAAACUAUCGCUAACGAAGACACAUCGCAGCUUAGCCAACCGACUGCCAGUGUAAGUAAGGCAACGGCACAAAGCGAUGAGCUGGAACAAACUACCGUAUCUGAAACGUUCGCUUUUGAAGAAACGCCAGUGUUGGAAGCGACACCGAAGCCCUUGCCUAAAUCGGCCGAGUCAUUAUACGAACCACAGAUCGGAGUUAUCGUGACAGAAAUUAACACGGGGCAAAAAGAGCGCGAAGGUUUCAAUGUGGCAGAGCUUGCUCAAGAUCACACGGCAACACCUGUCGCUGGACACGCACUCAAGACAGUGACAAUCGAAGAAGUCUCCGUGUCCGACACAAUCGACCAGCUCAAGUCUCCUCAACAAAUCCUCAGCUCAGCAUCCGUGCGUAGCGAACAGUACGAACAGACAACGGUACAGGAAACGACCGUCUACGAAGGAUCAGAACAGUUGCCGGUGGAUGAGAUGCCAGCACCAAAGUCUGCCGACCGUUCCUUCUUGCCUAAUGCCGAACUGAUCGUAACUGAAAUCGUAAGCGAACAAAAAGAGCGCGAAGGCUACAACGUGGCUGAUCUGGCACGGGAUCACAUGGCAACAAAGACCGUUACGUCGCACUCGCUCAAGUCCGUAACGGUUCAGGAAACGCUGACAGCCGAAAACGUUGACAAGCUUCAAGAUGAGCAAACGUUGGAAGUUACAUCCGCUACUUAUACGGACGACAAGCUGGAGGAAACGGUAGUGCGCGAACCACUUGUGCUGGAAUCUAUCGACAACUACACGAUGGAGUUCACUCCGUCCGAGAAACAAGCACUGCCAAACGUCACACCAAUGAGCGAGCUCCUUGUGACGGAGGUAGUAGUGGAACAGAGGGAGAAGGAAGGCUACUCGGUGCAGGAUAUCGCACAAGAGCACGUUAUCAAAAUGAUUCCAUCACACACCCUCAAAUCGGUCAUCGUAGAAGAAGUGCAGACAUCGGACGUUGUUGGAGAUGUAGAAGAGCUACGAUCAGUACUCCUUAUAGCAAACGUACGCAAGGAUCAACUUGAAUCGCAAACGACCACGGAACACCUUAUACUGGAGGGUAUAGAUAAGUUAGACGAACAUCAGAAACCCACUGAAAAAACAGCCACCUCGAAUAUUGAAGCCAUCAGUGAGCUGCUCGUAACGGAAGUCGUCACCGAGCAGAAAGAACAGGAAGGUUACGAUGUACAGCAGAUCGCGAGCAACUACAACGCUAAGGAAGUUCCGUCGCACACGCUGCGAUCAGCACUCAUCGAAGAAACGCUUCCAAUAGACGAUGUAAAGCAAUUCAUCGAAACUCCCCACACGUCCCACGCAAAGCCGCAGACGGACGAGAUAGAGGAGCGUGUCUUUGAGGAAACAGUCGUGCUGGAAAAUGUCGACACUCUUGAACAGAUGGUACAGCCGGAAGCUAAACACGCCGAGCCUGUUAUGCCACACCAAACGGAAUUGCAGGUGACGGAGGUGAUCACGGAGCAAAAGGAAAAGGAAGGAUAUAGCGUGUCUGACCUACUGGAACAACAGUCAGCGAAAACGGUGUCCACAGAGCCGUUUAAAUCAAUCACGGUAGAAGAAGUUGUUUUGUCAAGUGGUACCGGCAAUAUUGAAGCGAAAGAAACAAUAUCCACCACCCUUGCGACCGUCCGCACUGAUGGACAUCAAGAAACGACCAUUUCCGAGCAAGUCGUAUACGAAGCAGCUGCUCGUUUUGACCAUCAAACGCGACCAGAAGAAAAAACGGCAUCUUCCUCAAUGCAACCUCGCGAAGAAUUGGUUGUAACGGAGGUAGUAUGUGAGCAGAAAGAGUCGGAAGGCUUCGAUGUGCAGGAAAUUGCCAGCGGAUACUCGGCGCAUCUUGUUCCGUCACAGAUACUCAAAUCACUUGCGGUCGAGCAGGUUCAACUGGUAGAGAUGCAUGGUGAGAUGAAAGACGAAGCAACUAUUGAGAAUCGUGCUUUGGUAAAUGAAUUGGAGCAUGAGCAGAAAACCGUGCAAGAGACCAUGGUUUACGAGAUGACAUUGGAGAAACCUGCUGCACAGGCACCGGAGCAAAAGCUUGCUAACGUUGAUGUGCAACCGGUGCAGGAACUGAUAGUCACGGAGGUAGUUGCCGAGCAGAAAGAAAGGGAAGGUUUCGAUGUGCAAGAAAUAGCGAAGGACUACACAGCACAUCAAACUACAGCCGGUUUACUGAAAUCCGUUGCAGUCCAAGAGGUGCAUUCAUCAGAUGCCCUCGACGAACUGCGUGCAGCUAUGUCUACUGCAACGGCUACGCCAAAAACGGACAGCUUGCAGGAAACGAUCAAGUCAGAAACUACGAUACUUGAAGACAUCACCAAUUUGGUGCAAGAUGAUCGUCUGACAGGCAAAACAGCCACCGCCACCGUUCUGCCGAAUGUAGAACUGCAGGUAACAGAAAUAGUCGUUGAACAGCGAGAAAAGGAAGGAUACGACGUGAAAGCGAUCGCUAAAGAUUUCCAUGCUCAAGCCCUUUCGGGUGCUGAACCGAUGAGAUCCAUAAUCGUAGAAGAAGUGCAUGUAAGCCAUGACACGCCGCAACUUUCAACGAAACCUGGCCAGAGGCAAGAGGCGGCCACGGUCAACGAUCAGUACGAACAAACUAUCGUCAGUGAAACGUUGGUUUACGAAGACUUGGCACAGCAACAGGAACGACUAGCUCCGGAAGAACACCGUGCGGCUACGAGCUUGGAUGCGGUUACUGGGGUAACCAUAACCGAAGUAAUCACAGAACAAAAGGCGAAGGAAGGCGUUGAUGUGACAGCAAUUGAGACUCAAAAGGCCAAACUUGUACCGAGCGACGCUUUAAAGUCUCUCACGGUGGAACAGGUGGACACACUGCAAAGUGCGACCGAUGUACAAAGGGACCAAACACCGAAAUCGAAGGCACUUGUCAAGAGCGACACCAUCGAUGAAACGACCAUUACUGAGACGAUGGUUUUGGAGAACAUAACCGAAUACAAACAACAUCUCGAACUCAAUGAACAAACGGCUAAGAAAAUAGCAGAUGAAGAAAUCAGGAAGUCACUCCUUGUAGAGCAGGUAUUGACGUUGCAAGAAUCGAACUCGCUUCUGCCCGAUGGCGCCAAACCAGCGGAAGCUCACUUCACUCCCGAACAAAUGCUGCAAACUAUUGUGGAACAGAUAACCGUCUAUGAGGGAGCAGAACAGCUGACAGCAACAUUGUCUAUGGAUAAAAAGUAUCCCACAUUCGACAUGCAAGGACUUGAGCUACCCCUUCAAAGCACAGUCGAUGUAUCGGUUGCUUUGAAAGACUUAACGCCAACCCAAGAGAACACGGCUAUUGCAAAGCCCAUCCUAGCAGAACAGCUUCCUGCGGCAUUCACCACGGAAACCGUGAGCCAAGACUCGUACAGUAAGCUAUCCACACCGAAGGAAACCACCGCUCAACAGGCACAACGAACGGUAUCCAAUUUGUUCGUAUCGACUACGACCGAAACGGUGCUAGGCGAAGGGUUAGAUAGAUCCGAUUUCAGUCUACAGUCAGAGGCCCAAACUGCGUCCAUGAAGUUUACCGAUAUGACAAUUGUACCACUGCAAUCUGAACCACUCACAUCCGAUACGGCCCAGCUACUCGAAGAGACCGUGCAGCCACGUAAGUUUGCCUCCACGACGCUGGAGGAAGGUUUGAGGGCACCUGAAUGUUUAGAAGUAGCUAGUAAUGAACAGAGCGACGUUGCCGUGAACUUUGAAGCGUCUGGCAGACGGGCAUCUGUUACCUUUAUCACUAACCAAACGGUCAAUGUUUCCGAAACGACUCUCGACGAGUGCACAGAUCGGAUCGAGCUUGCCCAAGAGCCAGAACAACGGUUCGCAAGAUUGACAGAAUCUGCGCUGCUCACGUACGAGGAGUGUCGUCCUGUGAUAACAGAAGAUCACACUGGCCACAAAACACGUACCACUACAUCACAGAGCAGACAGACAACAAGUCAAUCCAUCACACAACACGAAGAACAGUUUACACACACUCACAUUACACAGCAAACGCAAGAAUCGCAAUCCAUGCCAGAAGAUGUGCAAAUAUCGGAGGAAGUUAUAAACGAGGGAAAGAAGAGUAAAAAAAUUGUUAAAAAGCGAGUUAUAAGGAAAACUGUCGAUGGAAAACAGCAAAUUACUGAAACUGUAACCAUUGAAGAAAAUGAAAAGGCACCAAUGACAACGGUAACUGUAUCCGAAAACGUUCAAAAAUCUGAGCAAAUCAAGGAAGAGGAAGAGUUGAAGCCUCUCCAAGCCAUUGUAGAUGAGUAUCCGGAGCCGUUGGAAGCUACUCUCAAGACGAAGACUACCAAGGUUAUCAAGAAAAAGAUCAAAAAGCUCAAGCAGGGCGAGCCCACUAGCGAAGAUGUGCCUCAAGAAGAGGUGGCAGAAUUGAUCCUGGAACAGACUCCAAUGGAACAGCCAGUUAUUGAAGAGCUUCCGGAACAUGUUGAGGUCGUUGAGACCGUCACCAAGGAAGGGAAGCCCAAGAAGCAGACCACCAAAACCAAGGUCAUCAAGAAGAAGACGGCUGAUAAGAUCGAGGAGGUGAAGAUUGUGACUGUCCAAGAGGACGACCAGGUACCGGAGACCACGGUCACAUUGACCGAAGAGGAAACGACUCCUCUGACCUCAACAACUACGGCCGAUGAGAUUCCUACGGUUCAAGUGAUCAAGCCCAUGAAAAAGAAGAUUAAGACCAUCAAAAAGAAGGGUGAUGAUACUGACCAUAUUGUCCAGAAGCUGCUUCAUCUAGAAGUCAUGAGCUCUGAGCCAGUUCAGUAUCAACAACUCGACGAGGAUGCUGACACUCUGCCCAUUGUGCCUCUAUCUCCUGUAGAAGCUCUGGAAAUUGAAGAGCUUCCUGAAGAGGUGAAGGUGACUGAAGUCGUCACUAGAACUGGUCAAGCCAAAAAGCUGGUCACGAAAAAGAAAACCAUCAAAAAGCGUCUUGGCCAGAAGGAGGAACACAUCGAAGUUGUCACUGUUCAGCAAGACGACAUGGCUCCAGAAACUACCAUCACUGUCACCGAGGAGGAAGCUCCCGAGUCUAAGCCAGCGGAUGAGAAACCCAAGCCAAAGAAGAAGAAGGUCAAGACUAUCAAGACUACCGACGACUCUGACGAUAUCAUUGAGCGACUCCUUAAUCUAGAGGUCCAUAAAACCGAGCUCGAACAGUACGAGAAGAUCGACGUCGACCUUCAGAAGCGUAUGCGUCCUAUAGAAGAAACGACUAUCGAAGAGCAUCCUGACGUCGUCGAAGAAGUCAAGUCCGACUCAGGCGUAGUCAAGAAGACGGUCGUCAAGAAGAAGAUCAUCAAAAAACGUGUCGGACCCAAGGAACAGAUCACCGAGGAAGUCACUGUUCAGGAAGAUGACAAGCAGCCAGAAACAACCGUCACAGUCAGCGAGCAUGAAGUACCCUACGAGGUUACAGAGCCUUUCGAGGUGGAGUUGAAUCCUCUCCAAGCCAUUGUGGAUGAGUAUCCCGAGCCGUUGGAAGCUACUCUCAAGACGAAGACUACCAAGGUUAUCAAGAAAAAGGUCAAAAAGCUCAAGCAGGGCGAGCCCACUAGCGAAGAUGUGCCUCAAGAAGAGGUGGCAGAAUUGAUCCUGGAACAGACUCCAAUGGAACAGCCAGUUAUUGAAGAGCUUCCGGAACAUGUUGAGGUCGUUGAGACCGUCACCAAGGAAGGAAAGCCCAAGAAGCAAACCACGAAAACCAAGGUCAUCAAGAAGAAGACGGCUGGUAAGAUCGAGGAGGUGAAGAUUGUGACUGUCCAAGAGGACGACCAGGUACCGGAGACCACGGUCACAUUGACCGAAGAGGAAACGACUCCUCUGACCUCAACAACUACGGCCGAUGAGAUUCCUACGGUUCAAGUGAUCAAGCCCAAGAAAAAGAAGAUUAAGACCAUCAAAAAGAAGGGUGAUGAUACUGACCAUAUUGUCCAGAAGCUGCUUCAUCUAGAAGUCAUGAGCUCUGAGCCAGUUCAGUAUCAACAACUCGACGAGGAUGCUGACACUCUGCCCAUUGUGCCUCUAUCUCCUGUAGAAGCUCUGGAAAUUGAAGAGCUUCCUGAAGAGGUGAAGGUGACUGAAGUCGUCACUAGAACUGGUCAAGCCAAAAAGCUGGUCACGAAAAAGAAAACCAUCAAAAAGCGUCUUGGCCAGAAGGAGGAACACAUCGAAGUUGUCACUGUUCAGCAAGACGACAUGGCUCCAGAAACUACCAUCACUGUCACCGAGGAGGAAGCUCCCGAGUCUAAGCCAGCGGAUGAGAAACCCAAGCCAAAGAAGAAGAAGGUCAAGACUAUCAAGACUACCGACGACUCUGACGAUAUCAUUGAGCGACUCCUUAAUCUAGAGGUCCAUAAAACCGAGCUCGAACAGUACGAGAAGAUCGACGUCGACCUUCAGAAGCGUAUGCGUCCUAUAGAAGAAACGACUAUCGAAGAGCAUCCUGACGUCGUCGAAGAAGUCAAGUCCGACUCAGGCGUAGUCAAGAAGACGGUCGUCAAGAAGAAGAUCAUCAAAAAACGUGUCGGACCCAAGGAACAGAUCACCGAGGAAGUCACUGUUCAGGAAGAUGACAAGCAGCCAGAAACAACCGUCACAGUCAGCGAGCAUGAAGUACCCUACGAGGUUACAGAGCCUUUCGAGGUGGAUUUGAAUCCUCUCCAAGCCAUUGUGGAUGAGUAUCCCGAGCCGUUGGAAGCUACUCUCAAGACGAAGACUACCAAGGUUAUCAAGAAAAAGGUCAAAAAGCUCAAGCAGGGCGAGCCCACUAGCGAAGAUGUGCCUCAAGAAGAGGUGGCAGAAUUGAUCCUGGAACAGACUCCAAUGGAACAGCCAGUUAUUGAAGAGCUUCCGGAACAUGUUGAGGUCGUUGAGACCGUCACCAAGGAAGGAAAGCCCAAGAAGCAAACCACGAAAACCAAGGUCAUCAAGAAGAAGACGGCUGGUAAGAUCGAGGAGGUGAAGAUUGUGACUGUCCAAGAGGACGACCAGGUACCGGAGACCACGGUCACAUUGACCGAAGAGGAAACGACUCCUCUGACCUCAACAACUACGGCCGAUGAGAUUCCUACGGUUCAAGUGAUCAAGCCCAAGAAAAAGAAGAUUAAGACCAUCAAAAAGAAGGGUGAUGAUACUGACCAUAUUGUCCAGAAGCUGCUUCAUCUAGAAGUCAUGAGCUCUGAGCCAGUUCAGUAUCAACAACUCGACGAGGAUGCUGACACUCUGCCCAUUGUGCCUCUAUCUCCUGUAGAAGCUCUGGAAAUUGAAGAGCUUCCUGAAGAGGUGAAGGUGACUGAAGUCGUCACUAGAACUGGUCAAGCCAAAAAGCUGGUCACGAAAAAGAAAACCAUCAAAAAGCGUCUUGGCCAGAAGGAGGAACACAUCGAAGUUGUCACUGUUCAGCAAGACGACAUGGCUCCAGAAACUACCAUCACUGUCACCGAGGAGGAAGCUCCCGAGUCUAAGCCAGCGGAUGAGAAACCCAAGCCAAAGAAGAAGAAGGUCAAGACUAUCAAGACCACCGACGACUCUGACGAUAUCAUUGAGCGACUCCUUAAUCUGGAGGUCCAUAAAACCGAGCUCGAACAGUACGAGAAGAUCGACGUCGACCUUCAGAAGCGUAUGCGUCCUAUAGAAGAAACGACUAUCGAAGAGCAUCCUGACGUCGUCGAAGAAGUCAAGUCCGACUCAGGCGUAGUCAAGAAGACGGUCGUCAAGAAGAAGAUCAUCAAAAAACGUGUCGGACCCAAGGAACAGAUCACCGAGGAAGUCACUGUUCAGGAAGAUGACAAGCAGCCAGAAACAACCGUCACAGUCAGCGAGCAUGAAGUACCCUACGAGGUUACAGAGCCUUUCGAGGUGGAGUUGAAGCCUCUCCAAGCCAUUGUGGAUGAGUAUCCCGAGCCGUUGGAAGCUACUCUCAAGACGAAGACUACCAAGGUUAUCAAGAAAAAGAUCAAAAAGCUCAAGCAGGGCGAGCCCACUAGCGAAGAUGUGCCUCAAGAAGAGGUGGCCGAAUUGAUCCUGGAACAGGCUCCAAUGGAACAGCCAGUUAUUGAAGAGCUUCCGGAACAUGUUGAGGUCGUUGAGACCGUCACCAAGGAAGGAAAGCCCAAGAAGCAGACCACCAAAACCAAGGUCAUCAAGAAGAAGACGGCUGAUAAGAUCGAGGAGGUGAAGAUUGUGACUGUCCAAGAGGACGACCAGGUACCGGAGACCACGGUCACAUUGACCGAAGAGGAAACGACUCCUCUGACCUCAACAACUACGGCCGAUGAGAUUCCUACGGUUCAAGUGAUCAAGCCCAAGAAAAAGAAGAUUAAGACCAUCAAAAAGAAGGGUGAUGAUACUGACCAUAUUGUCCAGAAGCUGCUUCAUCUAGAAGUCAUGAGCUCUGAGCCAGUUCAGUAUCAACAACUCGACGAGGAUGCUGACACUCUGCCCAUUGUGCCUCUAUCUCCUGUAGAAGCUCUGGAAAUUGAAGAGCUUCCUGAAGAGGUGAAGGUGACUGAAGUCGUCACUAGAACUGGUCAAGCCAAAAAGCUGGUCACGAAAAAGAAAACCAUCAAAAAGCGUCUUGGCCAGAAGGAGGAACACAUCGAAGUUGUCACUGUUCAGCAAGACGACAUGGCUCCAGAAACUACCAUCACUGUCACCGAGGAGGAAGCUCCCGAGUCUAAGCCAGUGGAUGAGAAACCCAAGCCAAAGAAGAAGAAGGUCAAGACUAUCAAGACCACCGACGACUCUGACGAUAUCAUUGAGCGACUCCUUAAUCUGGAGGUCCAUAAAACCGAGCUCGAACAGUACGAGAAGAUCGACGUCGACCUUCAGAAGCGCAUGCGUCCUAUAGAAGAAACGACUAUCGAAGAGCAUCCUGACGUCGUCGAAGAAGUCAAGUCCGACUCAGGCGUAGUCAAGAAGACGGUCGUCAAGAAGAAGAUCAUCAAAAAACGUGUCGGACCCAAGGAACAGAUCACCGAGGAAGUCACUGUUCAGGAAGAUGACAAGCAGCCAGAAACAACCGUCACAGUCAGCGAGCAUGAAGUACCCUACGAGGUUACAGAGCCUUUCGAGGUGGAGUUGAAGCCUCUCCAAGCCAUUGUGGAUGAGUAUCCCGAGCCGUUGGAAGCUACUCUCAAGACGAAGACUACCAAGGUUAUCAAGAAAAAGAUCAAAAAGCUCAAGCAGGGCGAGCCCACUAGCGAAGAUGUGCCUCAAGAAGAGGUGGCCGAAUUGAUCCUGGAACAGGCUCCAAUGGAACAGCCAGUUAUUGAAGAGCUUCCGGAACAUGUUGAGGUCGUUGAGACCGUCACCAAGGAAGGAAAGCCCAAGAAGCAGACCACCAAAACCAAGGUCAUCAAGAAGAAGACGGCUGAUAAGAUCGAGGAGGUGAAGAUUGUGACUGUCCAAGAGGACGACCAGGUACCGGAGACCACGGUCACAUUGACCGAAGAGGAAACGACUCCUCUGACCUCAACAACUACGGCCGAUGAGAUUCCUACGGUUCAAGUGAUCAAGCCCAAGAAAAAGAAGAUUAAGACCAUCAAAAAGAAGGGUGAUGAUACUGACCAUAUUGUCCAGAAGCUGCUUCAUCUAGAAGUCAUGAGCUCUGAGCCAGUUCAGUAUCAACAACUCGACGAGGAUGCUGACACUCUGCCCAUUGUGCCUCUAUCUCCUGUAGAAGCUCUGGAAAUUGAAGAGCUUCCUGAAGAGGUGAAGGUGACUGAAGUCGUCACUAGAACUGGUCAAGCCAAAAAGCUGGUCACGAAAAAGAAAACCAUCAAAAAGCGUCUUGGCCAGAAGGAGGAACACAUCGAAGUUGUCACUGUUCAGCAAGACGACAUGGCUCCAGAAACUACCAUCACUGUCACCGAGGAGGAAGCUCCCGAGUCUAAGCCAGUGGAUGAGAAACCCAAGCCAAAGAAGAAGAAGGUCAAGACUAUCAAGACCACCGACGACUCUGACGAUAUCAUUGAGCGACUCCUUAAUCUGGAGGUCCAUAAAACCGAGCUCGAACAGUACGAGAAGAUCGACGUCGACCUUCAGAAGCGCAUGCGUCCUAUAGAAGAAACGACUAUCGAAGAGCAUCCUGACGUCGUCGAAGAAGUCAAGUCCGACUCAGGCGUAGUCAAGAAGACGGUCGUCAAGAAGAAGAUCAUCAAAAAACGUGUCGGACCCAAGGAACAGAUCACCGAGGAAGUCACUGUUCAGGAAGAUGACAAGCAGCCAGAAACAACCGUCACAGUCAGCGAGCAUGAAGUACCCUACGAGGUUACAGAGACUUUCGAGGAGGAGUUGAAGCCUCUCCAAGCCAUUGUGGAUGAGUAUCCCGAGCCGUUGGAAGCUACUCUCAAGACGAAGACUACCAAGGUUAUCAAGAAAAAGAUCAAAAAGCUCAAGCAGGGCGAGCCCACUAGCGAAGAUGUGCCUCAAGAAGAGGUGGCCGAAUUGAUCCUGGAACAGGCUCCAAUGGAACAGCCAAUUAUUGAAGAGCUUCCGGAACAUGUUGAGGUCGUUGAGACCGUCACCAAGGAAGGAAAGCCCAAGAAGCAGACCACCAAAACCAAGGUCAUCAAGAAGAAGACGGCUGAUAAGAUCGAGGAGGUGAAGAUUGUGACUGUCCAAGAGGACGACCAGGUACCGGAGACCACGGUCACAUUGACCGAAGAGGAAACGACUCCUCUGACCUCAACAACUACGGCCGAUGAGAUUCCUACGGUUCAAGUGAUCAAGCCCAAGAAAAAGAAGAUUAAGACCAUCAAAAAGAAGGGUGAUGAUACUGACCAUAUUGUCCAGAAGCUGCUUCAUCUAGAAGUCAUGAGCUCUGAGCCAGUUCAGUAUCAACAACUCGACGAGGAUGCUGACACUCUGCCCAUUGUGCCUCUAUCUCCUGUAGAAGCUCUGGAAAUUGAAGAGCUUCCUGAAGAGGUGAAGGUGACUGAAGUCGUCACUAGAACUGGUCAAGCCAAAAAGCUGGUCACGAAAAAGAAAACCAUCAAAAAGCGUCUUGGCCAGAAGGAGGAACACAUCGAAGUUGUCACUGUUCAGCAAGACGACAUGGCUCCAGAAACUACCAUCACUGUCACCGAGGAGGAAGCUCCCGAGUCUAAGCCAGCGGAUGAGAAACCCAAGCCAAAGAAAAAGAAGGUCAAAACUAUCAAGACCACUGAGGACUCUGACGAUAUCAUUGAGCGACUCCUUAAUCUGGAGGUCCAUAAAACCGAGCUCGAACAGUACGAGAAGAUCGACGUCGACCUUCAGAAGCGCAUGCGUCCUAUAGAAGAAACGACUAUCGAAGAGCAUCCUGACGUCGUCGAAGAAGUCAAGUCCGACUCAGGCGUAGUCAAGAAGACGGUCGUCAAGAAGAAGAUCAUCAAAAAACGUGUCGGACCCAAGGAACAGAUCACCGAGGAAGUCACUGUUCAGGAAGAUGACAAGCAGCCAGAAACAACCGUCACAGUCAGCGAGCAUGAAGUACCCUACGAGGUUACAGAGACUUUCGAGGAGGAGUUGAAGCCUCUCCAAGCCAUUGUGGAUGAGUAUCCCGAGCCGUUGGAAGCUACUCUCAAGACGAAGACUACCAAGGUUAUCAAGAAAAAGAUCAAAAAGCUCAAGCAGGGCGAGCCCACUAGCGAAGAUGUGCCUCAAGAAGAGGUGGCCGAAUUGAUCCUGGAACAGGCUCCAAUGGAACAGCCAGUUAUUGAAGAGCUUCCGGAACAUGUUGAGGUCGUUAAGACCGUCACCAAGGAAGGAAAGCCCAAGAAGCAGACCACGAAAACCAAGGUCAUCAAGAAGAAGACGGCUGGUAAGAUCGAGGAGGUGAAGAUUGUGACUGUCCAAGAGGACGACCAGGUACCGGAGACCACAGUCACACUAACCGAAGAAGAAACGGCUCCUGAGACCUCAACAACAACCACGGCCAACGAGACUCCUAUAGUUCAAGUAGUCAAGCCCAAGAGAAGAAAGGUUAAGACCAUCAAACGAAAGGGUGUAGACACGGAUGACAUAGUUGAGGAGCUUCUCCAUUCGAAUGUAUUGGAAUCGGAAAUUGAACCGUUCGACCAGCCUUCGAUCGAAGAGAUUCAAGAAACUGUAUCAACUACUAGCGAGCUCUCGAAAGACCUCAAACCUACACAGAAAGCCAAGCCCAAGAAGAAGACACACAUUACCACCUCACAGCUUGACACACAAGACACACACUCACAAUCACUUAUUCUACCACAUACGCAGGAUGCUGAAACCCAAGAACACACUUCUCCUGAAUACAUCACUACAUUUGAAACAUGCACAGACAACAACCAGACAUUCAUUAAGUCUCGAAACAUUAAGAUCGUUAAGGAACAUGGGGCAGUAAUCGAAGAAACAUUCGAUGAAAAUGACACUCAAACAAUUCCUCAUAUGCCAUCGGAAGUUCUAAUUGAGGAAGUUGAAGAAUCUGCACCAUCACUCCACACAACACAACUCGAAGAAACACCUCAAACCGUACAGGAAGUCGCCACAAAACAUAAACCCAAGAAGAAACAAACACAAACACAAGCAAACGAUCAAUUCGAGACUGUAUCAGUCGAGCAAGUUCAAUUGAUUCCAGAAGAAACAGAGCAAACGGCUGACAUACGUACCGUAGUCUCAAAGAAGACUAAAUCUAAAAAAUCUAAAGUUACUGUUAUUCAAGGGGUCACUGAAACUGUUGUUGCCGAGAAUGAUGAAGAACUUCCGCUGGAAGCUCAUCCCGCUCCUGCUCAAGAACAAGCUGUUAUUGUUUCUGAGCUUCCUGAACAGGUAUCCGUACAAGAAAUAACCACUAUGACCGGAGAAACUAAGAAGCUGGUUACGAAAAAGAAAACCAUCAAAAAGCGUCUUGGCCAGAAGGAGGAACACAUCGAAGUUGUCACUGUUCAGCAAGACGACAUGGCUCCAGAAACUACCAUCACUGUCACCGAGGAGGAAGCUCCCGAGUCUAAGCCAGCGGAUGAGAAACCCAAGCCAAAGAAAAAGAAGGUCAAGACUAUCAAGACCACUGACGACUCUGACGAUAUCAUUGAGCGACUCCUUAAUCUGGAGGUCCAUAAAACCGAGCUCGAACAGUACGAGAAGAUCGACGUCGACCUUCAGAAGCGCAUGCGUCCUAUAGAAGAAACGACUAUCGAAGAGUAUCCUGACGUCGUCGAAGAAGUCAAGUCCGACUCAGGCGUAGUCAAGAAGACGGUCGUCAAGAAGAAGAUCAUCAAAAAACUUGUCGGACCCAAGGAACAGAUCACCGAGGAAGUCACUGUUCAGGAAGAUGACAAGCAGCCAGAAACGACCGUCACAGUCAGCGAGCAUGAAGUACCCUACGAGGUUACAGAGCCUUUCGAGGAGGAGUUGAAGCCUCUCCAAGCCAUUGUGGAUGAGUAUCCCGAGCCGUUGGAAGCUACUCUCAAGACGAAGACUACCAAGGUUAUCAAGAAAAAGGUCAAAAAGCUCAAGCAGGGCGAGCCCACUAGCGAAGAUGUGCCUCAAGAAGAGGUGGCCGAAUUGAUCCUGGAACAGGCUCCAAUGGAACAGCCAGUUAUUGAAGAGCUUCCGGAACAUGUUGAGGUCGUUGAGACCGUCACCAAGGAAGGAAAGCCCAAGAAGCAGACCACGAAAAUCAAAGUCAUCAAGAAGAAGACGGCUGAUAAGAUCGAGGAGGUGAAGAUUGUGACUGUCCAAGAGGACGACCAGGUACCGGAGACCACGGUCACAUUGACCGAAGAGGAAACGACUCCUCUGACCUCAACAACUACGGCCGAUGAGAUUCCUACGGUUCAAGUGAUCAAGCCCAAGAAAAAGAAGAUUAAGACCAUCAAAAAGAAGGGUGAUGAUACUGACCAUAUUGUCCAGAAGCUGCUUCAUCUAGAAGUCAUGAGCUCUGAGCCAGUUCAGUAUCAACAACUCGACGAGGAUGCUGACACUCUGCCCAUUGUGCCUCUAUCUCCUGUAGAAGCUCUGGAAAUUGAAGAGCUUCCUGAAGAGGUGAAGGUGACUGAAGUCGUCACUAGAACUGGUCAAGCCAAAAAGCUGGUCACGAAAAAGAAAACCAUCAAAAAGCGUCUUGGCCAGAAGGAGGAACACAUCGAAGUUGUCACUGUUCAGCAAGACGACAUGGCUCCAGAAACUACCAUCACUGUCACCGAGGAGGAAGCUCCCGAGUCUAAGCCAGUGGAUGAGAAACCCAAGCCAAAGAAGAAGAAGGUCAAGACUAUCAAGACCACCGACGACUCUGACGAUAUCAUUGAGCGACUCCUUAAUCUGGAGGUCCAUAAAACCGAGCUCGAACAGUACGAGAAGAUCGACGUCGACCUUCAGAAGCGCAUGCGUCCUAUAGAAGAAACGACUAUCGAAGAGCAUCCUGACGUCGUCGAAGAAGUCAAGUCCGACUCAGGCGUAGUCAAGAAGACGGUCGUCAAGAAGAAGAUCAUCAAAAAACGUGUCGGACCCAAGGAACAGAUCACCGAGGAAGUCACUGUUCAGGAAGAUGACAAGCAGCCAGAAACAACCGUCACAGUCAGCGAGCAUGAAGUACCCUACGAGGUUACAGAGCCUUUCGAGGAGGAGUUGAAGCCUCUCCAAGCCAUUGUGGAUGAGUAUCCCGAGCCGUUGGAAGCUACUCUCAAGACGAAGACUACCAAGGUUAUCAAGAAAAAGGUCAAAAAGCUCAAGCAGGGCGAGCCCACUAGCGAAGAUGUGCCUCAAGAAGAGGUGACCGAAUUGAUCCUGGAACAGGCUCCAAUGGAACAGCCAGUUAUUGAAGAGCUUCCGGAACAUGUUGAGGUCGUUGAGACCGUCACCAAGGAAGGAAAGCCCAAGAAGCAGACCACCAAAACCAAGGUCAUCAAGAAGAAGACGGCUGAUAAGAUCGAGGAGGUGAAGAUUGUGACUGUCCAAGAGGACGACCAGGUACCGGAGACCACGGUCACAUUGACCGAAGAGGAAACGACUCCUCUGACCUCAACAACUACGGCCGAUGAGAUUCCUACGGUUCAAGUGAUCAAGCCCAAGAAAAAGAAGAUUAAGACCAUCAAAAAGAAUGGUGAUGAUACUGACCAUAUUGUCCAGAAGCUGCUUCAUCUAGAAGUCAUGAGCUCUGAGCCAGUUCAGUAUCAACAACUCGACGAGGAUGCUGACACUCUGCCCAUUGUGCCUCUAUCUCCUGUAGAAGCUCUGGAAAUUGAAGAGCUUCCUGAAGAGGUGAAGGUGACUGAAGUCGUCACUAGAACUGGUCAAGCCAAAAAGCUGGUCACGAAAAAGAAAACCAUCAAAAAGCGUCUUGGCCAGAAGGAGGAACACAUCGAAGUUGUCACUGUUCAGCAAGACGACAUGGCUCCAGAAACUACCAUCACUGUCACCGAGGAGGAAGCUCCCGAGUCUAAGCCAGCGGAUGAGAAACCCAAGCCAAAGAAGAAGAAGGUCAAGACUAUCAAGACCACCGACGACUCUGACGAUAUCAUUGAGCGACUCCUUAAUCUGGAGGUCCAUAAAACCGAGCUCGAACAGUACGAGAAGAUCGACGUCGACCUUCAGAAGCGCAUGCGUCCUAUAGAAGAAACGACUAUCGAAGAGCAUCCUGACGUCGUCGAAGAAGUCAAGUCCGACUCAGGCGUAGUCAAGAAGACGGUCGUCAAGAAGAAGAUCAUCAAAAAACGUGUCGGACCCAAGGAACAGAUCACCGAGGAAGUCACUGUUCAGGAAGAUGACAAGCAGCCAGAAACAACCGUCACAGUCAGCGAGCAUGAAGUACCCUACGAGGUUACAGAGCCUUUCGAAGAGGAGUUGAAGCCUCUCCAAGCCAUUGUGGAUGAGUAUCCCGAGCCGUUGGAAGCUACUCUCAAGACGAAGACUACCAAGGUUAUCAAGAAAAAGGUCAAAAAGCUCAAGCAGGGCGAGCCCACUAGCGAAGAUGUGCCUCAAGAAGAGGUGGCCGAAUUGAUCCUGGAACAGGCUCCAAUGGAACAGCCAGUUAUUGAAGAGCUUCCGGAACAUGUUGAGGUCGUUGAGACCGUCACCAAGGAAGGAAAGCCCAAGAAGCAGACCACCAAAACCAAGGUCAUCAAGAAGAAGACGGCUGAUAAGAUCGAGGAGGUGAAGAUUGUGACUGUCCAAGAGGACGACCAGGUACCGGAGACCACGGUCACAUUGACCGAAGAGGAAACGACUCCUCUGACCUCAACAACUACGGCCGAUGAGAUUCCUACGGUUCAAGUGAUCAAGCCCAAGAAAAAGAAGAUUAAGACCAUCAAAAAGAAGGGUGAUGAUACUGACCAUAUUGUCCAGAAGCUGCUUCAUCUAGAAGUCAUGAGCUCUGAGCCAGUUCAGUAUCAACAACUCGACGAGGAUGCUGACACUCUGCCCAUUGUGCCUCUAUCUCCUGUAGAAGCUCUGGAAAUUGAAGAGCUUCCUGAAGAGGUGAAGGUGACUGAAGUCGUCACUAGAACUGGUCAAGCCAAAAAGCUGGUCACGAAAAAGAAAACCAUCAAAAAGCGUCUUGGCCAGAAGGAGGAACACAUCGAAGUUGUCACUGUUCAGCAAGACGACAUGGCUCCAGAAACUACCAUCACUGUCACCGAGGAGGAAGCUCCCGAGUCUAAGCCAGCGGAUGAGAAACCCAAGCCAAAGAAGAAGAAGGUCAAGACUAUCAAGACCACCGACGACUCUGACGAUAUCAUUGAGCGACUCCUUAAUCUGGAGGUCCAUAAAACCGAGCUCGAACAGUACGAGAAGAUCGACGUCGACCUUCAGAAGCGCAUGCAUCCUAUAGAAGAAACGACUAUCGAAGAGCAUCCUGACGUCGUCGAAGAAGUCAAGUCCGACUCAGGCGUAGUCAAGAAGACGGUCGUCAAGAAGAAGAUCAUCAAAAAACGUGUCGGACCCAAGGAACAGAUCACCGAGGAAGUCACUGUUCAGGAAGAUGACAAGCAGCCAGAAACAACCGUCACAGUCAGCGAGCAUGAAGUACCCUACGAGGUUACAGAGCCUUUCGAGGUGGAGUUGAAGCCUCUCCAAGCCAUUGUGGAUGAGUAUCCCGAGCCGUUGGAAGCUACUCUCAAGACGAAGACUACCAAGGUUAUCAAGAAAAAGAUCAAAAAGCUCAAGCAGGGCGAGCCCACUAGCGAAGAUGUGCCUCAAGAAGAGGUGGCCGAAUUGAUCCUGGAACAGGCUCCAAUGGAACAGCCAGUUAUUGAAGAGCUUCCGGAACAUGUUGAGGUCGUUGAGACCGUCACCAAGGAAGGAAAGCCCAAGAAGCAGACCACGAAAACCAAGGUCAUCAAGAAGAAGACGGCUGGUAAGAUCGAGGAGGUGAAGAUUGUGACUGUCCAAGAGGACGACCAGGUACCGGAGACCACAGUCACACUAACCGAAGAAGAAACGGCUCCUGAGACCUCAACAACAACCACGGCCAACGAGACUCCUAUAGUUCAAGUAGUCAAGCCCAAGAGAAGAAAGGUUAAGACCAUCAAACGAAAGGGUGUAGACACGGAUGACAUAGUUGAGGAGCUUCUCCAUUCGAAUGUAUUGGAAUCGGAAAUUGAACCGUUCGACCAGCCUUCGAUCGAAGAGAUUCAAGAAACUGUAUCAACUACUAGCGAGCUCUCGAAAGACCUCAAACCUACACAGAAAGCCAAGCCCAAGAAGAAGACACACAUUACCACCUCACAGCUUGACACACAAGACACACACUCACAAUCACUUAUUCUACCACAUACGCAGGAUGCUGAAACCCAAGAACACACUUCUCCUGAAUACAUCACUACAUUUGAAACAUGCACAGACAACAACCAGACAUUCAUUAAGUCUCGAAACAUUAAGAUCGUUAAGGAACAUGGGGCAGUAAUCGAAGAAACAUUCGAUGAAAAUGACACUCAAACAAUUCCUCAUAUGCCAUCGGAAGUUCUAAUUGAGGAAGUUGAAGAAUCUGCACCAUCACUCCACACAACACAACUCGAAGAAACACCUCAAACCGUACAGGAAGUCGCCACAAAACAUAAACCCAAGAAGAAACAAACACAAACACAAGCAAACGAUCAAUUCGAGACUGUAUCAGUCGAGCAAGUUCAAUUGAUUCCGGAAGAAACAGAGCAAACGGCUGACAUACGUACCGUAGUCUCAAAGAAGACUAAAUCUAAAAAAUCUAAAGUUACUGUUAUUCAAGGGGUCACUGAAACUGUUGUUGCCGAGAAUGAUGAAGAGCUUCCGCUGGAAGCUCAUCCCGCUCCUGCUCAAGAACAAGCUGUUAUUGUUUCUGAGCUUCCUGAACAGGUAUCCGUACAAGAAAUAACCACUAUGACCGGAGAAACUAAGAAGCUGGUUACGAAAAAGAAAACCAUCAAAAAGCGUCUUGGCCAGAAGGAGGAACACAUCGAAGUUGUCACUGUUCAGCAAGACGACAUGGCUCCAGAAACUACCAUCACUGUCACCGAGGAGGAAGCUCCCGAGUCUAAGCCAGCGGAUGAGAAACCCAAGCCAAAGAAAAAGAAGGUCAAGACUAUCAAGACCACUGACGACUCUGACGAUAUCAUUGAGCGACUCCUUAAUCUGGAGGUCCAUAAAACCGAGCUCGAACAGUACGAGAAGAUCGACGUCGACCUUCAGAAGCGCAUGCGUCCUAUAGAAGAAACGACUAUCGAAGAGCAUCCUGACGUCGUCGAAGAAGUCAAGUCCGACUCAGGCGUAGUCAAGAAGACGGUCGUCAAGAAGAAGAUCAUCAAAAAACGUGUCGGACCCAAGGAACAGAUCACCGAGGAAGUCACUGUUCAGGAAGAUGACAAGCAGCCAGAAACAACCGUCACAGUCAGCGAGCAUGAAGUACCCUACGAGGUUACAGAGCCUUUCGAAGAGGAGUUGAAGCCUCUCCAAGCCAUUGUGGAUGAGUAUCCCGAGCCGUUGGAAGCUACUCUCAAGACGAAGACUACCAAGGUUAUCAAGAAAAAGGUCAAAAAGCUCAAGCAGGGCGAGCCCACUAGCGAAGAUGUGCCUCAAGAAGAGGUGGCCGAAUUGAUCCUGGAACAGGCUCCAAUGGAACAGCCAGUUAUUGAAGAGCUUCCGGAACAUGUUGAGGUCGUUGAGACCGUCACCAAGGAAGGAAAGCCCAAGAAGCAGACCACCAAAACCAAGGUCAUCAAGAAGAAGACGGCUGAUAAGAUCGAGGAGGUGAAGAUUGUGACUGUCCAAGAGGACGAUCAGGUACCGGAGACCACGGUCACAUUGACCGAAGAGGAAACGACUCCUCUGACCUCAACAACUACGGCCGAAGAGAUUCCUACGGCUGAAGUGAUCAAGCCCAAGAAAAAGAAGGUUAAGACCAUCAAAAAGAAGGGUGACGACACUGAUGACAUUAUAGAAAAACUUCUUAAUUUAGAAGUCAAGAAAACUGAGUUGGAGAAAUAUGAAAAGGUUGACGUUGAAUUCAAGAGUAGAGUUAAACAAACUGAAGAAUGCAUUUUUGAUGAUCAACCUGAAUUUGCAGAGCUUUCAGAAGUUCCUUUACAAAGCGUCGUAAAGAAGAUCUCCAAAUCCAAAUCGAUUAAACCCAAAAAGCCGCUAGAUGAUGUACAACAAGCACCCACGGAGGCUAUUGACAAACAGUAUCCAGAGGAAAUUGUUUCGGAGCUCCCUAAAUCGAUUGAUGAGCUAGCGGAACCAUAUGAACAAGCUGAAGAAUUUGCAUACGAGAUGCCUCAAGAGCAGCUGCCUGUUGUUGAGGAGCUGCCUGAAGAAAUCAUGGUCAAUGAGGUGGUUACACUUAGUGGCAAGGUAAAGAAACAAACCACAAAGAAACGCACUGUGAAGAAAACGGUUGGCGAUAAACAAGAACUUGUAGAAGUUAUUACAGUUGAAGAGGAAGGCCAACAGCCCGAAACAACUAUUACUAUUACUGAAUCGGAAGUUCAACCAGAACUCCCUGCUACUGUUGAGCGAUUGGACACAGAAGCAGUUAUUCAACCCAAAGAGCCACGCAAGAUGAAAAAGAAGAAGGUCAAAACUAUCAAAACGACAGAUGAGGUUGAUGAUAUCAUUGAACGUUUGCUUAAUCUAGAAGUCAAGAAGACCGAGCUAGAGCGUUAUGAACGAGUUGAAGUGGAACUUAAAAAACGUCACAAAUCACUUAUAGAAGAAACCCUGCAGAGACCAGAAGCAGAAAUGGCUGUUUUAGAAAUGAUAGACCUACCCACACCUGAAACUGUUCGCAAAUCUUCGAUCACACAGCCACAUGAACCUGAAACACCGAAGAAAACAAUUAAGAAAAAGAAACCAACACCUUCGACCGUCGAACAAGUUGUAGAAGCUUUUGUACCGAAGACCAUUGAGCCCGUGGAAGAAACUGUUAUUCCGGAAGAAGCUGCAAUAUUGGACGAUACCGUUAUCCAAGAAAACACGGAGCCGACUAAAACAAUCACUAAAAAGAAAAUCAGUAAAAAAUCCGUACCCAGGGAUCAAGUAACAUCUAUCGACGAUUUAUCAACUGCACAAGCGUCUGAAGAAACGAGGAUUCCGGAAACGGUAGAUAUGUUCGAUGACGUGCUUAUGGAACCCAAUAUAGUUCGUGAAAUAACGGUGACUGAACCCCAACCUCAAGAAGCCUACCUUGAACAGCUCGAUAAAUCAUUCUUAACUUAUGAAGAAAAAUCGCUCAAGAAACUGCAAGAACAACAAAUCAAACCAGUCCCAGAGACACAAACCGAGCCCAAAAAGGUAGAAAAGAAGAUAAAGAAAAAACCCAAAAAAGAGCUUCGGCCGGAGGAGGACGAACAGCUUCAGCGCUUGCUGAACUUGGAGAUUGAGAAGACGCAACUUGAGCAAUACGAAAAAAUUGAGCUCGAAGGUAAACCCAAACCAGACAAGCCCAAAGCAACGUUGGUACCUCAAAAAAUUGAACGCAAAGAACAAAAACCUCAAAAGAUGCUUAUCUCAGAGCCUGAGGAGCAACCGCAAAUGGUAAGACUUCGAAAGGUGAAGGUACCAGAUCGUAAGGAAAUUGAGGAAGUAGUAGUACCCAAGGUUUUGCUCAAGAGUCGCAUAGUCGACGUGCAAUACCCUCCAGAAGCGAUGAAGCCAGUAAUUACUGAUCUAACACCGGUCAAAGCCAUUGGUCAAAUGUCGAGAAUAGAGGAGGAAGAAACCACUGACAAGCUUAAGAAACUGAAGAAAAUCAAAACAACCAAAGGCAAGAAGCUGGAACUGGAAACACCAGAGUCCAUGGACUACGAAGAGGAAAAGCCCGAAAAGGAAGAGUUUGACCAGGAAGCUCAUAAGUAUCAGCGAAAGCCGAAAGAAACGUCUGAUGAAAAACCGGAAGAAAAAACGCUGAAGCUUGGGAAGGGUAAGCUCAAGAAGGAGGACGAAGACAUAGAGCAAGUUAAAUUAAAGAAAACGCCCAAAAAGCUGAAACAGGAUGAACCGGAAGAUCAAAAAUCCGUUACUAAGCCAAAGCAAAAGCCAACUGAGGUGGAAAAGGAUGACAAGCAGCGCCACGUUGAAAAGCCGGAGCAUAAACCAACUGACAUUCCGGACUUUAGCACUGAAACGGAAGAAUACAAAGCACCUGAACCGAUACCAGAUGAACCGCAAGAGGAAGCGAAGAAAAAGCCCAAACCAAAACGUAAACCGAAAACACCAGAUGAUAAGGAGGAUGAUCAGAGACCUUUGGUUAUGGGUAAGGGUAAGCCUCAACCAGAAGUUCUAGAAGAAGAUGUCAAAUUCCGAAUUCCAACUAGCAAAAAAGAGGAUGAAGAACCAGCCGAAAUCAAACUAAAACCAUUCAAAAAAUCUGUUUCCAAAGAAGAUGAACCUGUUAAGGAAGCUGACAGAGACAUGGCGUUACCAGCUAGUACAGAAAAACCCGAACAACCAGACACUGAACUGACCUCUCCUCAGAAGUCUAAGAAAAUUAUAAAGAAAACUAAACCGAAACAAAAACCGGACAGUGACGACCGUACGGAACAACCGGUUGUGGAAGAAAUUCCACAGGCAGUGGCUGAUGUCGCAGAAGACGUCCCUGACAUUGUGCAUGCUGUCGUACCGAAAACGCUGAUGGACGAUGAGUUCCAAAAGCCGGAAGAACUGGACCUUACUCCACAACCACAGGUCGAUUUCGUUAUCGAACAGCUUCCCGAGGAGGUCAAAGUGACACAGGUCAAAACGGAAACCGGCGCCAUCGAACAGCAAACAGUCAAAAAGCGCAUCAUCAAAAAGAAGAAAGAUGACAAGGAAGAACUCAUCGAGAUAGUAACCGUGCAGAAAGGUGACGAGCUUCCCGAGGCAACAGUAACAGUGACACAAGUGACCCCAGAAGACAGUACCACCCAGCCGGAGAGUGCGAAGCGAAAGGUACGCAUCAAGAAGACGGUUAAACCGGACACACUUGAGGCCGACAUCGAGCGACUGCUGAAUCAGGAAAUUUCGAAAACAGAACUUGAGGUAUACGAGAAGACAGAGUUUGAGCCGACCAAGCGCGCAAAGGAACAGCCUGUGGAAGAGCCUGUACCUCAAACAGCUGAGCUGGAAGUGCCGACACCUUCUGCCCCGCAGAAGACAAAGGCUAAGAGCAAAGCUAAGAAACAACACCAAUUCACCCCAUUACAAGUAACACCUUCAGAAUCAUUAGCUCCACUCGAACCAGCCAUUGGACACGAAGCUACCCAACAGACACAUGAUACCAUACACACUGAAGACAUGCGACCAAUCAGUGCAGACACUGUUGAUUUGCAGGAGGACACAUUCGAAACGAACGAAUUUGUCGAAACUGAAACGCUAGGAGAUGUUGUGCAACCGGUCGACGUGCCGGAAGCUGCACUUGAGAAGCCCGAGGUAUCGCUGAAGCCUCAAGUUACGGCUGCUCCCAUCGAACAAGUCCUGGAAGAAACGGUGGAACAGACCGACGUCGUAGCGGCUGAGCUACCGCAGGAAGAACAAGCAGCUACCUCUGAAAUUCCUUCCGUCGUAACGGAAACACCAAUCGUGAGUAAACCUAUUCUUGAAGCAGCUCCAAUCGAAGAGGUUCUUGAACAACAGGUUGAAGAGACGGACAAUGUGCCUUCGCUGGCACUAGACACCGUACAGGUAGCACCUAGCGAUGUAUCCGAACAUGCAACCGAAGUUCCUACGGUGCAGGGAAAGCCUCUGCUUGAAGCUGCACCCGUAGAUGAUCAGUUUGACGUGUCCGUAGAGGAGGCCGAUACAGUUGCAUCGCUGACGUUGAACGAGGAACAACUGACGCCGGUGGAUGUAACUGCGGGUGCGACCGAACUGCCUGCCGUACAGAGUAAACCGACGAUUGCAGCAGCCCCAGCCGAAUCACUUCUGGAGCAACCCGUGGAAGAGACCGCCGCAGUACAGGAACCCCAACUGGAGACCGAGAAGCUAGUCCCCGUGGAAGAGCAGCGUGCUGAACCAACGGAAGAGGCACAGAUACAACCGGCUGCCACUGUGGAAACGGCUCCGGCCGAAGCCCCCAAGAAGGUGGUCAAGAAGGUGACGAAGGUUACGAAGAAGGCUAAAAAGUCGAUCGACGAUGACGAGGAACUGCAACGGUUGCUGAAUCUAGAGAUUGAGAAAACGCAGCUGGAGCAGUAUGAGAAGGUGGACGUGGAUGGAAAGCCGAAGGUUAAGCCGGAGAAGGGUGAGAUUGUUAAGCUAGAGCCUAUUAAGAUCGAACGUAAGGAACAGAAACCGAUUAAACCAGAAAUCACUGACACACAAGAACCACAAACAGUUAAACUGCGCAAAACCGUCAUACCAGAGAAGCGUGAUGUGGAAGAAGUCGCCGUACCGAAGGUACUGCUCAAGAGCCGCUUGGAACAAGUGGAGCUCGACGUCCAGGGACAGCAGCCAGAGAUUGUACAGCUAGAUACCCGACCGGGCGUGGGAACGUUGUCGCGCAUUGAAGAGGACGAGGUGGAGCGUACGAAGAAGGUAAUCAAAAAGGUUAAGGUUAUUAAGAAGGAAAAGCCCGACCUGGAAACGCUGGAUAUUGAGAAGUAUGAAAAGGAGCCGAAAGAAGAGGUGCCCAAGGACGAAGAAAAAUCACAAUACCAACGGCGGCCCAAGGAAGCGCCAAAAGAUGAACCAGAAGAGCGUACACUGCAGAUGGGUAAGGGUAAGUUGAAGAAGGACGAGGAACACCACGAAGAGGUUACGCUGAAGAAAACGCCUACCAAACCGAAGGAGGAAACGGUGGAAGAAGUGAAACCAAAGAAAAAACCAGAGGAAAAACCGAAAGAAGAAGAGCUGGACACUAAAAAACGAAGCGUUGAAAAGCCGAAGUUCACUCCGACCGAUAUUCCAGACUACGAAACGCCGCUCGAGCCGUACGUUAAGCCGGAACCGGAACCGGAAGAAAAACCAGUGCAGGAACCAGAGAAACCGAAGGUUCCCAAGGAGCCUAAGGUCCCUGAUGUUCCGGAAGAACCGGAGCAUAAGAUUGUUCUAGGAAAGGGUAAGAAACCGGAACCGGAACCGGAGGAUGAGUUCAAGUUCCGCAAGCCGGUUCCCACGAAACCGGAAGAAGAAAAGGAAGAGAUCAAGCUGAAACCUUUUACCAAGCCAACGCCGGACACCGAACCCAAAGAGCGUGAAGAUGAUCGUGAUAUGGCUUUGCCGGUUCCGAAAGAUGUGCCAGAUGUUGCAGACACAGAGGCUACCAAGAAGAAGGUUAUAAAGAAGGUUAUCAAAAAACCAAAGGCGCCUGCCGAGGAAGAGCCUAAACCUGAGGAGCCUGUGCAAGUGCCAGAAGCACCAGUGCCGGUUGAUGUACCUGCUCCUGUAGUCGAGGAAGUUGUUCCAGAACCUGUGAAGGAAGUCGAGAAACCUAAAGAGGUGCAAGUGGAACAACCUAAAGAGUUGGUCCUUCCACUGCCAGUAGUGGAGCAGACGGAAGUUCUCCCAGUGCCACAGGUGCCUGCAGAGAAGCCGAUCGAAACGGUACAAGAACCCGCUCCGGAGGUUAAACAAGAAACCCCGGUAGAAGUACAGGAACAAAAGGAAAAGGUUGUGAAGAAGAAGGUUGUGAAAAAGCCGAAGAAAAAACCGGAAGAAGAUACGGAGCUCGAGCGUUUGCUUAACUUGGAGGUCGAAAAAACUGCGCUGGAGACGUACGAAAAGAUUGAUCUUGAGCCAAAGCCGAAAGAAACACCGGCACCUGUUCCGGAGCCGGCAGAAGUGCCCGCAAAGGUUGAAGAACCAGUCGUUGAAAAGCCAGCCGUUAUUGCGCCGGUUGUUGAAGAAGCCAAAAUGCUUGAAGAAGUACUUGUACCUGAGGAAGUAAGUGCUAUUGCACCUGCAGAGCCUACUAAACCUUCUGAACCGGUAUCGAAACCAGUACCGGAAGAAGUUGUUACUGCCGUACAAGAACCGCCGGUUGUUGUUAAAACAGACGAACCAAAGCCCGUUCCGGUGGAGCCAGAAAAGCCGGUGGAACAGCCGGUAGAGCCGGAAAAGAUUGAAGAAAAGAAACCGUUGAUCAAGAAAAAGGUCGUAAAGAAACCUAAGAAGGCUUCUAUUGAGGACGAUGAACAGUUGCAGCGUCUGUUGAAUCUGGAGAUUGAAAAAACUGAGCUUGAAAAGUACGAGAAAAUCGAUGUGGACAUCAAGAAACCAGAGAAAACGGUGGAAACGGUUGAAGAACCGCGAACAGCUCAAGUGGCAGAGGUUCAAGAGCCCGAACCGGUUGAGGUUACGCUGAAGCCCAAGAAGCCUGUGAAGAAACCAGUAGAACCGGAACCAGUAGAGGCUGAGUUUAAGAUCACGAAGAAACCACGAUUGCCCGAGGCCCCACAGGAAGUGGAGGAGCAAAUCAUUCUGAAACCGACACCUCAGAAACCGGAAGAAACGGUAACUGUUGAGCGAAUCAUUAAGAUUGAGGUGGAACAACCGGAGCCAGUCGAACAACCGACCAUUGAAGAAGUCGAGGCGGAUGAACCACAGCCAAUGGAAGAUGUAGAAACGGUUGAGCCUGUGGUUGAGGAGCCAGUGGAAGCGGAAGCUCCCAAAGAAGAAAUCGUACCGGUGCAACCUUUGGUCGAGGAAGUGCACGAUGUGCAGCCGAUCAUAGAAGAUGCUGUCAUUGAGGCACCAUCUGAGGAACUGCCAACGGUGGUGGAAUCGGUACCGAUACAGCCUAUCGUGGAAGAACCGCAACCGGUGACGCCACUUCGAAAAGUGUCACUCAAGCCGGUCGAACCCCAGCCAGAAACGGUCGAGAAGAAGCCGGCUGAGAAGCCAAAGAAGAAGGUGGUUGUGGUGAAAAAGAAGAAAACGAGUAUUGACGAUGAUGCCGAGCUGCAGCGGUUGUUGAAUUUGGAGAUCGAGAAAACCGAGCUUGAACAGUACGAACGCGUCGAUGUUGAUCUUCGUAAGCGCGAGAAGGUAAUGGUUGAAGAUCAACCACAACCGCAACAAGCGGUCGAGUCGACGAUCGAGCCUGAAGACAAUGCGCAGGUGAAAUUGCCGCGCAAGAAGAGCAAACCGAAGGUGGAAGCCAUCGAAGAAACUGAGGUGGCGUUUAAGAUUAAGCCUAAAAAACAACCGGUUGUAGAGGAGACGGUACAAGAGGCAACUGUGUCGCUGAAAAAACCCAAGAAGCCAACACCAGUCGUGGAGGAAACGGCUACCGAGGAGAUUGUUCUGUUGAAACCGGCCAAGCCACAACCGGAAGAGGUUGAAGAUGUUGAGGAAUCGAUUAAGCUAAAACCAAAACCGGCACCGUAUACCACCGAUGAAGCGGAAGCAUCUCUCAAGAUUGUUCGCGAAGCGGAACAACCCGCUGCACCGGAACCAGCUCAGCCGGAGCCGGUCCAACCGGAACCGGUCAAGAUGGAAGAGAAGAAGCCUGAAAAGCCGAAGAAAAAGGUUGUCCCGAGGAAAAAGAAGGAGGAUGAUAUUGAUGAGAUAACCAAGAAACUUCUCGAGAUGGAUGUGCCGAAAACGGAGCUCGAAAAGUACGAAAAGGUCGAUCUGGACAUUGUAAAGCCGACGAAGGAAACAGUGGACGAGGUUACGAUGGUCAAACGCAAACCGAAAGCGAAGCCGUCCGUCGAAGAGGAGGAAGAGGUUCAAACGAAGCUGUCGCUGCCUCGCAAGAAACCGUCCAUUACGGAGCCAGAGGAGGCCGAAGCUACCUUUAAGGUGGCUCGAAAACCGUCUGUACCGCAGCAGCCAGAAGACGUUGAGGCAUCGCUCACGAUUACCAAGGAGGAGGAAGUUCCGGCAGAGGAAGAAAUCACCGAGCACGUGGUGGUGCGCAAACAGCGUCCCCGUCCGAAGCCAGCCUUCCGCCGUGAAGUCCUCGACGAGGAGGAGGUACGCAUCAAGAAAAUCAAAAAGGUACGCCAACCUCGUCCUGUAUUCAAGGACAUUGAGCCCGAAAACGUCACGUUCCGUCCGAAGCGCACCAAGCACAUUGAGGACAUUGAGCAGGAGUUCAAGAUACAGCUCGAUUCGUACGCGCGCGAAGAAAUUUCCAUGUCCGGCCGGGUGAAGCUGCCAGCGCCCUACAGUUACGGUGAGGAAACUGGCGAGGCUCACAUCACGAUCAUCAAGCAGGUGGAUGAGGACGAUGAGGUUGUGUAUGAGGUGAUCUACGACGAUAGUGAGCAGGAUGUGGAGGAAGAGUAUCGCUACGAAGACGAAGAUACCGAGAAUGUGGUGAUCGAGCUGCGCAGACGGCGCGAGAAGCUCGAGAACCUGAUCAUGCAUCACGAGGAGGAAAUUUCACUCGAUCUGACGCAACGCAACAGAUCACAGUUCACCACCACAACACACGAAGAAGAGUCAUUCACACUGAAACAGCCCAAGAAAGUCCUACCAACAUACUCUGAAGAAACGGCAUCGUUGAAAAUUGUACGAGAAGAGGAUGCCAACGAUAUGUACUGUAUUCAGGCAGUGGAAGCUGAAAAUGAGGAAGCACUUCACAUCGUCGAGGGAGAGAAGGUCUAUGUCAUUGAACACAGCAACUCUGAAUGGUGGUACGUAAAACGGUCUUGGUGCGAGGAGCGUGGUUUCGUUCGUCGGGAAUACCUGAUGGACGCAGUCACCUAUCCACAGUACGUGCAGAAGACGUUGAACGAGAAGAUCGACAAACUGCCGGUGUUUGAGAAACCAGGCCCUGGUGAGAAGCCGCUCGCGCCGAAGAUUAUCGAAAAGCUGCAACCGAUCACCACUCAGGACGGUUACACGGUGCAGUUCGAGUGCAAGGUCGAAGGAUUCCCAAGACCUUCGAUCACCUGGUUCCGUCAGACGGCUGUCAUUAAACCAUCGCAAGACUUCCAGAUCUACUACGACGAUGACAACGUUGCAACGCUGAUCAUUCGAGAAGUAUUCCCAGAAGAUGCCGGUACUUUCACGUGUGUCGCGAAGAACAUUGCUGGUUUUGCUUCAAGUGCAACCGAGCUGGUCGUUGAUUCGUUCAGCUCAGAUCACGGAUCGGACGUUGCCACGCUAUCGCGCAAGAGCAUGUCUCGCGAGUCGUCGCUUGCUGACAUUCUCGAGGGCAUCCCGCCGACCUUCUCACGCAAACCGAAGGCCCAGUAUGUCGAUGCUGGCACCGAUGUGCUACUAGAGUGUCGCCUCGUGGCGGUACCGGAACCGGACAUUCUCUGGUACUACAAUGGGGUCGAGAUAGAAAGCAAGGACAAUGUGCAGGUGGUAGUGGAAUCGGAUAUGCACAUGUACUGCACGGUGGUUCACAUCAAGGGCAUCGACAAGGUACAGGAAGGUUCGUACCAGGUGGUCGCACGUAACCGUGAAGGUGAGUCGUCCCUGGACAUCAUGGUCAAGGUGAAGACAGGAGUGCAAGAGCCUCCUCAAAUUUUGGAACCGCUCAAGAGCAUGACAAUCCGCCAGGGUGAAACGGUGAUUCUGUCCACGCAGAUCGUCGGCAACCCAGCGCCGGAAGUGCAGUGGUUCAAGAAUGGUGUUGCGUUGGAUGUACCGACGCAAGCUGAUCGUAAUAUGUACACUGUAACGCUGGUGGCACCAACACACGACAAUGCUGGCGAGUACACGGUUAAGGCUAAGAACCCUGCAGGAAGCGUCGAAACGAGUGCCUUCCUUACGGUCGACGAAUCUAACGUCGGUAACCCGCAGGCACCACUCUUCUUGGAACGUUUCGAAGAGCAAAGUGUACCGCAAGGUGGUACGAUCAAACUUCCAGCAAGAGUAACUGGUAACCCAGUGCCGGAGAUCCUUUGGCUGCGCAACAACAACACGCUGCUACCGUCCAAACGCGUCAAGCAGGCAUACGAUGGUGAAAGCAUUGAGUUGCUGAUCAACAAUGCAGACUCCGAGCAGGACUCGGGUAACUACAAGUGUAUCGCGUCCAACACUAUCGGUAAGGCAUCGCAUGGUGCACGCGUUACGGUGGAGGUAGACAAGGUCACCUUCACCAAGAAGCUCAAGAAGACGAUCACGGUGGAGGAGAGCAAGGCAGUCACGCUGGAGUGCGAGACUUCUCAUACCGUUUCCACCAAAUGGUACCACAAUGGCAAGGAGCUCAGUGGUAUGGAUCACCGCAUGAUCGUGCAGGAGGGUAAGGUGCACAAGCUUAACAUCAAGAACCCAACGAUCAACGACACGGGUGUGUACCGGUGCACGGUAAAGGAUCAACAGACUGAGUGUACCCUUACGGUUAUUGAGGCCAAGCCCGAGUUCCUGCGCAAGCUUGAGGAUGUCGAAACGAAGGAGAAAGAGCACGCCGUGUUGGAGGUUGAGAUCACCUCCGAGACUGCCGACGUCACGUGGUACAAGGAGGGUCGCAAGCUGGUCGAAACUACUGGCAAAUAUGAGUUCUCUAAGAAGGGUAAAUCACGUGUGCUCUUUGUGCGUAACACUUCAGUGCACGACGAAGGCGAGUACACCUGUGCGCUGGCCGAUCAGGAAUGUUCGGCUGAGGUAUCAGUUAUCGAACUUCCACCGGAGAUCAUCAGUGCACCGCGCGAUGUUACCGUUGCUCGAGGUGAAGACGCCAUCUUUGAACUGGAGCUUACCAAGGGUGAUGCUCUGGUUCGUUGGUACCGUAAUGAAGAUGAGCUAUCGUUCAAUGGACACGUGCAGUUGACGAUCGACGGUAAGCGACAGACGCUCAAGAUUAACAAAACGGUCGAUGCGGACGCCGGUGAGUACACGUGCGUGGUAGGUGAACAGCGUGCCAAGGCUCGGUUGACUGUGGAGAAGCCAGUCGUCGAUUUUGUACGACGCCUGCCAGAGGUUACUCUCACUACGCGAGAUAAUGACGCCGUGUUCACGGUGGAACUCUCUGAGUCAGCCGACGUAGUGUGGUACCGCAACAACAAGAUCAUUACUGCCUCCAGCAAGUACGAGCUUAUUGUGGAGAAAUGCAUCCGCAAGCUGAUCGUCAAGAACACCGUUGAGGAGGAUGGGGAUGAGUACACGUGUACCGUGUCGAAUGCCAAGACAUCUUCGAAGCUGAAGGUCGAAAUCAUUAAGGUGGCUCCGACAAUCUUUGAGGAUGGUCCACGUGCGUUCACCAUUCGCAAAGAUGAGGACGUUACGUUCAGCGUGAAGUUUAACGCCACACCAAAGCCCGAAGCGGAAUGGCGCGUCAACAAGCGAGUCAUCAUCCCGUCGGCCAAGUUUGUCUCGACCGUCACCGAAGAGACCGCUAGCUUAACGAUUAAACGUGCAGCUGAGGUCGAUGCUGGAGAAUUCACUUUGAAGCUCACGAAUGAGUGCGGUGAUGCAAGCGCUACGUUCACGCUUGUCAUUAAAAAACAACCGGGUGCUCCAGAAGCACCGGAAGCAACGCUCAUCACAGACGACUCCAUCACGCUAUUCUGGAAGGCACCGAGCGACGAUGGCAACAGUCCAAUCACACAGUACGUGCUUGAGUACCAGGAAAAGAACCAGCAGAAAUGGACCGAGAUCACAAACAUCACCGAAACGACUACGACGGUGACGAAGCUGACGAAGAAUUCCGAGUACACAUUCCGUGUCACAGCCGUCAACGAGGUGGGCAAGGGUCCGGCAUCACCGAACUCCCCCUACUACAAGAUUGUGGCACCGAUUCAGAAGGAAGCUCCCACGGUAAGCGAGCACCUGAAGGAUGUGCACGUCGGACUCGGACAAUCGGUCACGCUGAGCUGCAUCGUGACGGGUGUACCCGUGCCGGAUGUCGCCUGGUUCCGCAAUGGACAACCGCUCAAACAGGAUGUCGUGUCGUACGAGAACGGUUCUGCUAAGUAUCAGAUCAAAUCGACCACGGUCGAGAGUGGGGCCAAGUACACGUGCCGUGCCACCAACGAGGUGGGAAGUGUCGAGAGCAGCUGUCAAGUUGUAAUCGAAGAAAAACCGACACUGACGGUGGAAAAGAAGCAGAUCGUGCAGAAGCUGCGUGUUGGCGAUGAGUGGAAGGUAGUGGCCGAAUUCACCGGCUAUCCGGCACCAGAGCUGAUCUGGUAUCGGGAGGAGGAGAAACUGAAUUCCACUGCCGAGCACACGUUCGUCACCGUUGGUCAAUCGUCGACCAUCGUAAUCUCUUCGCUAGAUCGCUCGCACACGGGCAAGUACACGGUAGAGGCGCGCAAUUCUGCCGGCUCGGCAACGGUCGAGCUAACACUGAAGGUGAUCGACAAGCCGAGCAAACCGGAGGGACCGAUUGUGGUGCGCGAGCUUAGCCCCGAGGCAGUUGUGAUCGAGUGGAAACCUCCAUCCGACGAUGGUGGUCUGGAAAUUUCGCAGUUCACCAUCGAAAAGUGUGACGAUGCGAACAAGAACGCCUGGAUCAAGGUGGCGGAUGUGCAGCGUAACAUCAAGUCUUACUGCAUCCAGAAGUUGCUCGAUAGCACCCAGUAUCACUUCCGUGUGAUUGCUCAGAAUCCGGUCGGUUGUUCGGAACCGCUGGAAAGUGCCACGGUGAAGAUUCAGCAAACGAUCGAGGCUCCCUCGCCACCGCGUGGCCCAAUUGAGACGUCUGGUAUGACGAGCAACUCGUUCACGCUUAUGUGGCAACCAUCGGAAUCGAACGGUGGCAGCAAGAUCACUGAAUAUGUCGUUGAGGUAAAGGAAGCAAAGAAGAAGGUAUGGAAGGUCGCUGGAUCAACCAAUUCCUCGGACACUUCGCUGCUGAUCGAGAACCUCGCAAUGAACAAAGCGUACGACUUCAAGAUUACCGCCCAUAACAAGGUUGGCGCGAGUGAACCACUCCAGACGGUGGAAUCCAUUGUGGCCGGAAAGGAAAUCACUCCACCAUCUGCACCAAGAAACCUGCGUAUCACGAACGUCACCAGCAAGAGCGUGAAGCUCGAAUGGCAGCAGCCGGAAACGAACGGAGGCUCCGACGUGACGGGAUACAUCAUCGAGAAACGACUGACAACUGCACAGCAGUGGACCAAGAUCAAGACGCUCGAGUCCAACUGUCUGUCGUACUGUGUGGAUAAUAUGAAGGAAAAGACCGAGCUGGUGUUCAGGAUAUUUGCCGAGAAUGCGGUCGGACUUAGUUCGCCCACCGUGUCGGAGAGUGUUGUGCUAAAGACACAUGCCACUGUUCCGUCUCCACCAACUGGUCCGCUAGAGGUACGCUACCUGGGACCCAACAUCAACAUCGUCGAGUGGGGCAUUCCAGAGUCGGACGGUGGUGCACCAAUCGAGGGCUACAACAUCGCGAUCCGCAACGCGAAGAAAACGAUGUGGAUGGAAGUUGGUCGUGUUGCGGCUGACUGCCAAUCCUUCAACAUUAAGGAUCUGCAGGAAAGUGAAGACUACCUGAUCCGUAUCAUGGCCCGCAAUGAGGUCGGCAUAAGUGAUCCGCUGGAAUCGGAGGAACCGUACACUGUGCAGCUUGGUGCUGCUCCGGACGAUGUGCACGACGAAACGACGAGAGACUUCUCGGAACCUACCGGUACCAACACCUCGUCCUGGCUUCGGGAGCACAACAUGACGGCGGACAUCAACAGCUACGCUCGCCAUAAGCUUCUGAGGAGAAGCGAAUACUUCUUCAAACUAUGGGUCAACGCUAAGAAUCUGUUCAAGUAAAGAGCGCGAGUUCCAGUUACAACUUCCCCAUAAAACUAUCGUCAGCAUGCGCGUGUGCGACAGUGACGUAGAUGUAUAUUGCUUCUAAUGACUAGAUGACGUGAAGUGGUGAAAACAGACACCAAACCCCCCAAUUAACCUUACAACUUUGUUCAUUCGCAUAUAAUGGACACACGUUCCAUGCUUCUCAACCCAAAUCAUGCUGGUGGGACCGUUCGAUCGUUGUUAAAAGCUAUGUGUAUGUGUGUAUAAAUGUUGCUCAAAACCGAAGAUGUCUAUAUACGAACGUCCUGUGCUACCCUUGCGUCCCAACCCGUCCCAAAAACACAAGUAACUCAACAAUAGGUCGGGGAAAACUGUAAGAAUCUUCAUGGAACUGUGAUAAAAGAGCAAGCGAAGGCAACAGCAGCGGACCUGUCCGAACGAAGGACAGCCCGAAACUAUUGCGCCGAAUAUGUAGAAACUGAGAUGAAGCGAAAGAUGAUAAGUCAGGGCACACGCUCACUCUACUGCACAAAACGUCGUCACCUGUCCACUAUCCCCGGUGGUGACGGUCACCGUGCGUGGCUGAGCGGGUGCUCAAUAUAAUCGUAUGAAUGUAAAUUAUUAGAGGAAAACAACACACCACUCGACUAAUAUCCGCCGGUACAAUGGCCGGCAACGACAACGCAGCAACACGACAGGGCAACGUGCAGGACCUAUCUGCUGCCUGGCUGCGUUGGAACACAUUUGUACUGCUUCUUACUGCUACUCCACUGGCUGCUGCCACGUGGUCCCAUCGAAUUCAGUUGCCCGCGUCCGAAGGGAGAUAACAUUGGUGCGAAUGUUAUCCCUCAUCGGGCCGGGAUAGGAAUAACGUCAGGGGCAUAUCGAGAACACAGCUAACGAAUUCAUUCACGGAGUAGCAAAAUCAAAACGAGAAACAAUCUACUUUCUUUAUCAAAUUUAUCUAUAUGAUCUGAUGAUGAAUUCUUUCACGACCAGCAAGGGAAACCAAAACAAAAACCCUUAAAAACCCAGACAGCGAGAACGGAAGAGAUAGUUUAUUUUAACUGAAUGUUUUCUAUUCUGUCAAGUUUAUAUUUUUCGUUCAAAAACCAAAGCAAACCGCUAUUAUAGCAUGUUGAAACGAUUUUUUACACUGUGUGUUGAAUGAAAUAAAAAAUUUAAAGCUAUUAUUCGAAA